AUGCGACGCGAGUUUGAUUUAGGAUUUGACGUCGCCGCUUCUGCCGCGACGAAGGGCUCCCGGUCCGCUGAUUCUCUUCCUCCUCCUCCUCCUGCGGUCUCCCGAAGGCCCUCUAGCGACGGCUGCCGUCCUCAGAGCCAGCACGUGGAGGGCGGCCCCUCAGCCGGCUCCCCUGCUGCCAUUGUCCGUCGGCCGGUGCGCGCUUGGAAGUGGACGGUCUGCGUCUCGCCUUCGCUCGGGGGGGACGCUCCGGCCAAGAGGAGGGAACAGCGGGCAGGAGGAGGAGUGCGCGGCUGUGGCUCCGGCUUCCUUCCUGCCCUCCCUUUCUCCUCCCAUCGGCCGGGCCAGCCUCGCCUCCCUCCCUCUCUCCCUAUCUUCCCGCACACGCUCCCCGACCGGCAGCUCCGCGCUCUCUGCGCCGGCUCCUCCUCCUCCUCCUCUCCGCGCUUCCAGCAAGAUGACAGCCGGGCGGCAGCAGCGGCGGUGGCGCGGAGAUUCCUCGCACCGGCUGGUAAGUAGAAAGGACGCCGCCGCCGAAGGAACGAGCCCUGGACGGGCAGGCGGUGGUCGCCGCCCCGACGGGAGGACUCGCGCAGCGCGGCGCAAAGGAGGUGGCCUUUGCGCUCUGGCGAUCGCCCCAAGAGAAGAGCGGAGGGCGUGCGGGGUAGUGGGGUGGUGGUGGUGGGGGGGGAGGCUGGGCGUCGCGGACUGGCGGGCCCACACCAGAGAUGGGAGAGAGGUGUUGAACCUCUUGUGCAGGCAAGAAGGGGUUAACUGAGGGGGGCAUAACCAAGAGCGGAGGAAGUAGGUUUCCUCCAGGCGGGCGGGGAAAGAAUCGGCUCCCACGGGUUGUGAGUACUUGGAUUUGGCUUGGGAGAAGCAGAGGGAAGGAAGGGGUUAACAACCGGUCUGCAGGAAUGGCUAGUAGGGCGGCGCGCGGGGCGGGGGGGGGGGGAGGGUGUCAGUUUUAGGUUGCACUGUUUGAAAGGUAGAGAAGUGCGUAUUUUGGAGCGUGGAUGUGCUGCUUUGUGAUGUGUAAGGAUGUGAGCGUGAAGUGGCCUUGCAUAUACCUGCGCCCCCGCCUUUUGGCAGAGGGGCAACCCUCUCCCGGCUCCCUCCCGCCCCCGCUUCAGAAUUUUCCUCAGUAUUUUGCAGAGUUGAGUUUUCUGCCAAAGAGCUGAGAUGGCGGUAAGGUGGCCCCUUCCUUUGCCACCCCGCCAAUCCCUUUUGGCACUGCAGACUUCGGAACACUUGUGCCUACGCACUUCUGACAUGGUGGCAGGUGUGUGUCCCCAGCCAUGGCCCUGCUGACCCUGAGCUCCCCUCUCCUGGCUGUGGUUCCACAUCUGAAUGCUUCUGGCUCUCUUCCAGGUGCACAUCUGACUCUUGGGAGCACAGCAAUAUUGUGGGUGGUUUGCCAGGGGGGAUUAAUGGAGCUGCCAGCAGAACCGAACGGGAGGGCAGGUGCACCGCCAGGUAACACCAGUUGAAACAAGUUUUCUCUCCCAGGUGCUAGCCUGAGACACUGAAGUUGGAAGGGGUGGUGGAGAAAGAUAAUUGCACGCCAUCCACUGGUUGGUUUGCUUCAUCUCUUACCACCCUUGGCUAGCGGGCUGUCCCUGUAGAGGAAAGACAGCAUCCUUGGGUUCUUUCUCUGCUUUUUCCAUCCUGAGUAGAAUAUGUGGAUGCAGCAUCCUUCCUCUGCCCUCCCCACUUCAGAUCUAAUCCUGUCCUCUUUCAUUUGAAAGUUCCCAGUUGCGUCACUGAAGCAAGGUCCACGGUGUCUAAGAGUCUUGUUCUCCUGGUUUGGGUAGCAAACUGAACUGCAGCUUAACUAAAUUCUGCAGUUUUGGGCAAUGUGAAAUUAUCAGGUUGGGCUGAAGUUUAGACAGCCGGUUCUUUUUCUGCUUUGGCACUGCAUUUUCUGUCUGGACAGAGGAAAGCACGGUGGAUGUGUGAGGCUGUCGUGGAGGACUUUGGAAGAAUCAAUUUCUGGGUCUGUGGCUUGAUGUCAAUUGAGAAGAUUUAAGCUGUCGCCUUCUAGGGAUUUUGCUUGCACUAACGGUGCCAAUGGCUUCGGCACAUAUCAUGUUUUCUGUGGGCUAAAGACAGAAACUUGAUACGGUGCAGAAUAUUCAGGGUUUAACCUAAGAGCUGGAAAUCUCCGAAGCUAUCAGGUUUACUUAGGCUUGAAACAAAAUAUUUACCUGUGAUGUGUUUCACUCCACAUUUUAUAUUAGUAUUUAGUGACAGACAUCGCUGAUAUUGUUUGCAGCUCAGAUGCUGUGGGCUGUUGGAUUAUUUAGAUUCCGCAAGCUUGGAGAGAGGUUUGCAUGUUAGAGCUUCUGUCUGCCACUCAGUGGCCUUACCUGACCCCAGCAGGUAAGGUGAGGGAGUUACAGUGUGCUAACCCCCCCCCAAUCCCUCUUGCCUUUGUAUAAUUUGCCAUUGUCUUCCCUGAACACAUCUUUACAUCAACAACUUUGGAAUUUGCAGUCUUCAGUGGAUGGUGACUUAACUUGGACUUCACAGUCCAAAAUAGCAGCUGCGGCUUGUAAGGAGCUGGAUAUCGUACAGAUUUCUGCGAGCCUCAAACUGCUUUGCAUUCCUCAAGAGUGCAGUGUCCAGAGAGUUGCUGGUGCUGAGCAUUUGAACUUUGAUCCAGAGCCUAACAAGAAUCCUUUCAUCAUCAUCUUAACUCCCCACCCACUGCAACAUUGCUGACCCAAAAGCAUUUUUUGAGUUGAAUCUUCACAAACUGCAGCAUUCACUAGGAGUCUUGUUGAAGUUCAAGGGUGAUUUCGCAAUUAUUUUGACUGAUCGGAACCAGAAUGCAAGCUGUGCUGUUGUGACGUACAAGUGAUAUAGGCUAGUGUGUGUCCAGUGCUUUGCUCUGUGGCUGCCUUUACAGGAAGCCUUUAUGAUGGCAGGUGGAGUCUUAAAGUGGCCCUGGGGAAGAUGAUGAACAACUUUAAAGUGGUGUGUCUGUAUGAUUAGCCUCUGCCAACCUGGGUCUUCCAGAUGUUUUCGACUGUAGCUCUCCGCCAGCCCUUACUGUGGUGAAUUGUAGACCGAUAUAUCUGGAGGACAUUGGCUGACAAGGGCUGUGUUAGAUUUACUGUUAGAUUUUUCAUGUUGCCUUUUCUUAUCAUUUCUGAAACCUGAACAGAACAGAGCUGGAGAAAGGUUGCCAUUCUGUCGGCUGUGUAAAUUCCUAGGCAUUCAAGGGGAGAUUAGGAAGAAAUCAUUGUGCGGAAAUUAGCAAAGACCAGUGUACUUCCAGAAAAUUAUCUCUGUAGCUCCGGCAGCAAGUGGAGUCACUCUUUCUCGCAGUGUAUCCUGAGAUGCUUCCUCUACUUUUCAUGAAAGAGUCAUGUCUGUGGCAACAGCCAGUCUCUCAGUGAGGGUUUCUGGGAUAAGUUGUUUAGCAAACCUGCUUUUUAAAAAAUAAAAAAGUUGCUAUUGAUAAGUAUUCUUAGGGACAUAGGAAGCUGUUUUAUACCAAGUUAGGUCAUUCCAGCUAUUGUAUUGUCUGAAUUGACUGGCAGCAGCUGUAUAGGUUUUCAGAAUAGAGCUGUUUCCAGUCCUACCUGGACACACCAGAAAUGGAAUGAGGGACCUCCUACCUGCGAAGCAGGUCCUCUGCCACUGAGCUAUGGCCCUUCAUUUGCUACAUCUCUCUUGGAACAAUUCCCUUUGCCAAGUAUGAUGGAAACCUCCUUGCUUGGCUGACAGGGAUGGGCAAGGUGACAGCUGGAUGGGUCUUGUGUGCUACUAUUGCACGCCUGUGUCUUGGGACAGAGAUGCAUGCUUUCGGAGCUCCUGUGGUUGACCCUUGGCUAUUUAAAGACCCGGGACUGUCAUGUCAACAGCAGAUGGUGUAACACGCCUGUUCUGCCUUGGCAGUUGUGUGCUCCCAGCUCGAGGCAGUUGAUUUGCUCAAUCAGGCAGGGUUGUAAAGAAACGCUUCUGGUCCCUAGCGGGGCUUUUGGUCAAUUUUGAUGGGGGAAGACUUGAAUUAUCCCAGGAAAUAAAGUGGAACCUCAUGCAGUACUUACAAGCCUGAGGCAAGAUUUGCUGACAGUUCCCUCCAGGCUGUGGUUUCCAGGUCCUGGAUUUUCCAGGAGAGACUAAUGCUCUUGAUUGUGAGUGCUUCUGGUUACACUUGAAAAAAAUAAUAAUGGUGUUUUCUGCUGAUGCAUGUAGAAUCUCACCAUUUGCUGAAGAUCAAGUCCCAAAUGAAGCUGUGGAGUGAAUUCUGGCUUAGAGGGGUGGGAGUUCCCCAGAGCACCACUUUUUUUUUGGUGAAGAAUAUUUAGAUUUUCAGGCAAAGCCAAGCUUUUCUUCAUUUUGGCUUCCCAUAACGGCUCCACUCAUGGUGCUAAUGGCCUUGCAUUUGUUGAUAGGGGAAUGGGGAACCUGUGGUCCUACAGCUGUUGUUGAACAUCAUACCCUGCCAGCAUGGCUAGUGGUCUGAGAUGGUGGGAUUUGUAAUCCCAAACUUGGGCCUCCAGCUGCUUUUGGACUACAAUCCCCAUCAUCCCUGAUGACUGGUCCUGCUAGCUAGGGAUGAUGGGAGUUGUAGUCCAAAAACAGAUGGAGACCCAGGUUUGGGAAACUCUGAUCUAGAUGACUACAGUUCCCCCAUCCCUGCUGAAGAUGAAUCUGUAUGGGAACCCAGAGCCAUAAUAGCAGCUUCUGGGGCGGGCUGGCUGUUUAAAACCUUCUAGCUUCUCUCCUUGAUGCCUUCUUGGGUGUUAGAUUCUGGGGAUAGUCUUCUUAUGGGGGCAGCAGAAGCAAAGAAGCCUGCUAGGUUUGAGGUAGAAUCAGAUAUGUUUCAGAAUGAUUUCAAUGCAGAUACCACCUUUUUCUUUUCCUUCCCUCUCAGACUUUGGUUGGGGUCACCAAGGCUGGCAGAAGCUGUUGUGAUGUAGUGGGGAGGAGGACUGAACUUGGACUGGAGGCACCUGGGAUGAAAUCCUCGCUCAGGAUUGGCGUGCCUACCUGUCAGUCGCCUAAUGAUGACAGGUGCAAGGCACUGCUAAAAUGGAGACAUUUCCACCCCCUUCAGUUUAGCAGGGGUUUCCGUGUAAAACUUCCUGAAUAAGUGGAUUCUGAUGCAAAUUUCUUCCUGAGGUUAAACUUCCAUUUAAAGUUUUAACUGGAGAUGCUCAGGGUUGUACCUGGGACCUUCUGCAUGCAAAUCUUGUGCUCUACCACUGAGCUGUGGUAGCUUCUCAAAAGUCUUCUUGGAAUUGCCUAGUUUAGUGUUGUAUUCUGGCAGGAAAAUGGCUCAGGCCAUGUUCCCCAGCUGAGAAGAUAUUGUCUCCUGUGCUGAUUUUGAAGCCAGUAGACAUUUGAGCCAGAUGGUCUUUCAAGCCCCUUGCAAUUCCCUGAAUGAUAGAGAAGCUUGGGUGUGGACCACAGCCCUGCCCUCCCCAAUUCCUUGAUUUGUAAGCCUGGUUGCAGCAUGAGUUAGUGUUUUGUUUUCUUAAUUUUUUUUCCUCCUAGAGAGCACUCAUACACUUCUGGCUUAAUGAGGGCUCUGGCUUAUUCUGUUUGAACGAACAGCUCCAUUAAGUUGUGCUGAUUAAUGAGCAGAAAACCCAGUAGGGAAGGCAGAGGUCUGAGCUUCCCGUAUGUGUUUAUGGCUGUGUCUUGUAUGCACAGCACGAAAACAUAGCUUGGGAACUUGAAGCCUGCAGAUGGGUGGGUGGGAAUAGAUGCAUGUCAAUGUGGGGAAAGGAAAUCUGGCACUGCAAUCAUCCAUAGAUGUCAGGGAUAGGGUACACUCACCCAGAUCUUUUGAAGGCCCCUGUGAUGGUUUCUGCCACAAUCCUUUCAUGGCAGUAAGAAAAGAUGUGGGAAAAGGCUGCCCCAUGCUGAAUUUCUGCACCUUCAUUUCCUGGUGAGUGCGCUGUGUACACAUACUGCUGUGUGCUGGGAGAGGUGUUUGAUGUGCAACUACUAAUCCUUUCUUAGUGUUACUUGUAAGGGUGCACUGUGAGUUGUGCUUUGUGCACACAGUGAAGGCACGCAACUAGCUUGCUGCAGGCCGGAGUCAGCAUAGGCUAGCAUUUUCUUUCUGGCUUCCAGGCUCACGGGUGUUUUUGAGAAUAGGCUUUGUGGACGGUUGCACCCACACAGAAAGGCCAGCGUGGGUGCUACGCACAGCAUUUCUCAGGCCUCGGCAAUUGAACGUUGGCUUCUGUUUUUAAAUGUGAGUGUUGCAGAGAAAGAUUGAAUCUUCUCCCCUUUGCUUUAUGACGCCAGUUGCAUCCCUGUGCCUGUCACAGAUCUUCACCGGAGCUGUGUGCAGAGACAAUAAAACAGUAAGAUUUUGCACCCAGAGAAUGCAAAUCCUCCAGUAAGAAAGAUGACCCCUGAGCUCCAUGUAAAGGUAAAGGGACCCCUGACCGUUAGGUCCAGUUGCAAACGACUCUGGGGUUGUGUGCCCAUCUCACUCUGUAGGCCGAGGGAGCCGGCAUUUGUCCGCAGACAGCUUCCAGGUCAUGUGGCCAGCAUGACUAAGUCGCUUCUGGCGAACCAGAGCAGUGCACGGAAACGCCGUUUACCUUCCCGCUGGAGCGGUACCUAUUUAUCUGCUUGCACUUUUUGGCAUGCUUUCGAACUGCUAGGUGGGCAGGAGCUGGGACCAAGCAACGGGAGCUCACUCCAUCGCGGGGAUUCAAACCGCCGACCUUCUGUUCGGCAAGCCCUAGACUAUAGCGCCACCCCUAUCCAGUGCUCCAUGUAAACUAUACAAAUUGAGCAAAUACGCAUCAUUUUGUACUUUGCACAAUCCUGGUCAUGCAAGAGCUCUGUGUGGCAUUAGUGUUCCCUCCCAGCUAACGGAGAACUUAGGAUCAAACUAUACAUUGUAUGGAGCACCUGCUUACAACUGUCUAUACCUUGCCUAAAAAGCUGCUGCCACACCCCACCACGAACCAGAUUGGACUGUGGCACAGGGGAAGGACUAAAUAACUCUUUUCUUUCCAUACUGUUGAAAAUUGCUUCCGAUGUUGCUGUUUCCUGAACAUUAUGCACAGCUUGACCCUUGGUGAGCAAUAAGCUCUGCAAACCAUUUUUUAUAUCAAGUUCUGGCAAUUUGGUUCCGAUUCUGUUCACAUGGAGCCUGUCCCUUUUGUACAGACUUGCCUUGUCCCAUAAUGGCUGCUUACCCUGCUCGGGAGUGGGCAGCAGUUGUGACCUAUCACAGGCUUCCCCUCCACCCCUGGGGGGUGAAAUUCCUCUUGGUGUGGCCAGCCAUUGGACGGCUGGAUAGCCCACCCACAUCAAUAUUUGAACUGGCCAAUUGGGCAGGCUGGGAGAUGGAGCAUAGAUGGAGUACCAGAGUCAAGGAGUGUUCACUCUGGUCCACCGACUGGGAAUGAAAGCCGGCUGCACCUGCAUCACUUAGCGCAGGUGGCCAAAGAUCAUAAUUGUCCCUUAAUGUUUCCUAGUAUCUAGCAGAUCUAAACCCGUUCUCCUGGCAUCACUGUCUUGUCUGCGAUUUGAGGCUUCUGAGCUCUGCCUGUCCUACUGGCCUUGCAUGCAGAACAGGUAGUAUUUCUUGACAAUGCUAACAUGGAGGCCCUGGAUCUUAAUAUCCUAUCCAGCAACUUAAUUAUUUUACAUCCAAGAGCACGCCAUUCAUUUUUUACUGAUGCUGAAGCUUAGAUGGCUUCAAAAUCUCCUGAAUCCCUCUAUUACUUACUUUUAUGUGCCUUUAUUCUAAGUUUUUUUUGGUUUUAGGUUGCAUUUUGGUCUUAAUGAUAGCGAUCUUUUUUUUAAUACGGUACACAGCUUAAGUGUAUUAAGCAGUUUAUAAAUGCCUUAUACAUAGUUUAGUCUAUACAUAGCUUAGUUUAAUUAAAAGUAUUUAUUAACAUUUAUGUAUUUAAUGACAGCAGCACGAAUACUGUAAUUCCCAAAGAUGGAAAGGAGGAGAAGUCCCAACAAAGGAAGAAUAGCUUUGGAAAAUGUUAGAAUACACGGAACUGGCAAGAUUAACAGCAAAGAUUAGAGACCCAAAUGAUAAAAACUUCCUUGGGGACUAAGGAACUUUUAUUAAGCAUUUCAAGUGUUGCUAAAGCGAGAUGAAAACGUGAGCAGGACUUGAAAUAUGAGCGUUGGUUUUUUAAAGAUAAAUAGGUUUAAAUGGAUGUAUUGAAUAGUGCAGGUGAAAUAUGCAGCAUUCAAGGGUAAAUAUGGAAAGCGUGGAAGGGAAGGACGGGAAGUCAAUUGAUAAAAUAACUUACGGUUUAUGUUAAAAUUUGUAGUUUUUUUUGUUUUUGUGAAAAAUCAAUAAAUAAGAUUUUUUUUUUAAAAAAUUAAUUAAAAUAAAAUAAAACAAAUGAAAGGGAAUCAUAGAUAAAUGCACCAAGGAUAAGUUUACUGGCGACCACAAGGCAAGAUGGUUAUUUGCCACCAGAAUGGCCAGUUGCUGGGGGACAGCAGAGGGAGAGGACUGUUGUCCUCAUGUUCUUCUUGAGGGCUUCCCAUCCAAAUAUAUUUUAUUGCCUGCUGUGGUAAACAGGAUAUUGGAACAGAAGGUGGUUUGGUUUGAUUUGGCAGGGCUCUUACGAUGCUGACUCCUCCCCUUGCGCUGUCUGGAUGAUGCAAAGAUAGACUGCAAGACUUUGCGACGUGAGGGCUGCUGUCUUCUAUGGGGCAGUGGACCGCCCUGCUCAGCAUCCUCCCAGUGUGGCUAGGACAGGGGUCCCCAAACUAAGGCCCACGGGCCAGAUAAGGCCCGAGGGACUCGUUUAUCCGGCCUGCUGCGACCCCCACUGCCCGCUGCCGCCGCCCCCUCUUACCGGUGCUGCGCUGCGCGGCUGCCCACUUACGGGUCGGAGGAGCACUGGAAAUAGCUUGUGCACAUGCGCAAGUGUUAUUUCCAGUGCACAUCCGGGCCGGAGGAGGCCCAUGCACAUGCACACAAACUAUUUCCAGUGCUCCUCCGACCCAGAAGUGCGCCGGAAAUAGUGUGUGCGCACGUGUAUUGGCAUGCGCUUCCCCGCCCUCCAGCCCGCUGCACGAUCGGUGCUGGAGACACCGGCCUGAGGUGCAGUAAGUUUGCUGACCCCUGGGCUAAGAGAAUAUAAAGACUAAACCCACAGGCUAUUCUGAGUCGGCCAUUUGAGUCUGUGGCCACUGGUGGUGGAGGGCUGCUUCUUAGCUUAUCCUUGGAGCUUUGUAGGGUCUCUUUGGUCAGAACAUAGGGAACUGCCUUAUGCAUAGCCAGGUCAGUGGUCCAUCUAGCUCACUACUGUCUACUGAAGUGCAAAACCCUUUCCAGUUUCUGUGCAACCUUCUGGGGGGCCACCUGCCAGUGGUGAGAUCAGAGCCAGAGGCAAAAGUGGCACAACGAAAGACGUGAACUUUCAGGAUAGCUGAAAUAAUGACUCAACCCUUGUAUGCCCAAUUUAUCCCUGCACUCUGCAGGUGAGAGGACCUCCAACAGGUAACCAUUCCUCAUCGGGCUUUAAUUGUUGUGGCACCUGCCUGAGGAAGUCCCUCUGCUUGAAGAUUAGAUAGGUACCAUCUCUCCUGCCUUUCCUUCACCCUGCUGAAGGCCUUCCUCUUUCUCAACAAGCCUUUUAAGUGGAGAUCUUUCCCAGUCUUCAUCUGCAUUGGAAUUGUUUUAAAGAUGUUUUAAAGUUGUUUCAUCACUUGUUGUUUUGCUAGCUUGGGCUGCUUUGGGAUGGAUGUAAUAAGUAAGUAAGUAAAAGUCAGUAAGUAAGUAAGUAUGUAAGUAAGUAAAUUAAUUAAUAUUUUCAAGCUUUGUAACGUCAGCUAGUUUCUGCAUUCAUUUGUGCACUCUCCUCUAUCAUCUGAGCAACCAAACAGCACCAUCAGCAUUGAAGGGCCAGAUAGAAGAACUUGAGGGGCUGCAUUAUGUGAGGUUCCCUUUUCUUUCUCUGCAUGCUGACUGGCAGUUGGCUUUCCAGGUUUCUGACUGAGGAUAUACGUAGCCCAACCUGGAAAUGCUGGGAACUGAACCUAGGACCUUCUGCAGAUAGUCUGCCUCUGAGCCGUGGCUCUUCCCAGUUAGCAGGUAGUCAAAGGGGCCUGGCAGGCGCUCUGCAACAAAAGCUUGCAUCUGUUACUUAGAGCCAAACUGAGGUUUUCCAGGCAGCAACCCUAGGGGUGGCAAUCUGUAGAUGGUAAACAGCCAGAGAGAUAUGGGUGCCCUACCUCUCCUGCCCCCAUGCAUUUCUCUGGAGGACAUUGAAAAGCUACCUGGGGCACCGAAGAUAGAUUCAGCUUGGCUUGUUAUGAAGAACCCCCAAAUAGUCCAAAGGUGGGAAAAUCCCAACUAUUUAGUUGCUUCAGUAUCACAAAUCAGAAUUGUAUGGUUUUUUUAAGGAUUCACCCUAUUCUUUACGUGGUAGAUCAUAGAACCAUGGAAUAUGCAGCUGUCCCACACGGGGAUUGAACCUGCAACCUUGGUGUUAUCAGCACCACCCUCUAAUUAACUGAGCUGUGUCAUCUCAUUUAACUGAUUUUAGUAUUGUGUCAUUACAUUCUUGUAACCUGCCCUGGGUUCUUCAGGUGAAGAGCAAGUAGGAAAUCUUAACAAAUAAAUAGCCAAUAAAGUUGGGUUUUUUUUUUAUUUUUUAUUUCCCACCUGCCUAAGGCCAAGGUCUCUUGAUAUUGUAAAGGAUUCUUUCUAUUGAAAGAUUCAGGCCCCAUAUUCUGCGUAUUGCUGCUCGGUUAUUUAUUUAUUAACAAUAUUAUUUUAUGCCGCCUGUCAGGGAACUGCCAUCGGAAGGAAGGGAGGUGAAAGGGCUCACACAGGUUGGGAGAGACUCAGCAGCUGAAGAGGGAACCAGUAGGGGGAGAGGAGCUGAGCUGAGGGAAAGUGAGCUGGAGGGAUGGCUCAGAGACACUUCCAGCGAAAACAGUGGGGAGGUUUCAGGACCUCCUGUAGGAACACCCACUCCUCGCCGGAAACUGUCACGCAGAGAGUCCAGAAGACGUGUUUCCGUUAAGGAGCUUUAUGUUGGAAGCGAUUCCAAAGCAACCACUGUCGGAAUCUGCUAGUGACUAGAGGAGCCAUGUCUGAGGGGCUCCGUCACAGACAGAGGUUUGUGGACUUGAACAAACUCUGAGGGGAUACUAUUUUACGCACAAGCAGCUCAUCAUCCCAUCACACCGCCUUAUAUGCAUGACCGAAAUACAAAGGCCAAUCACAAAAUAAAGCAACGAAAUGGUUAACACACCAAGCAGAAAGCUUUGGAAUACAGUAUAGAGAAAGCUGCACACAAAAAAGCAUUUUCCAGAGGUGUUUUUAGAAGUAACUAUUUUUGCAAGCCACUGCAGCCUACUUUAUUGACUGUAAGAGAAUGAUUCGGUCAAGCCUAAAUUAAGUGUGGUUCGUGGUGGUGGCGGCGUGACGAUCCUGCAGGCACGAGCUAAGGCCUCUAUGGGCUCAUAUGUGCCUGCAGGCACUGCAUUGGUGAUCAAGAUUAUGGGGAAAACUGAUCACAGAUGUUGUGAAGCAGUAGAGGGAUGCUCAAGGCAGUAGCAUUAAUGAGACAUAGAUUCAUGGAAUUGUAGAGUUGGAAGGGACCCUGAGGGUCAUCUUGUCCAACCCACUGCCAUGCAGGAAUCUCAACUAAAGCAUCCGUGACAGAUGGCCAUCCUUGAUGGCUUGGCUUGAUUUACAGAGCUCUCCCUGCAGACCUCAGGAAGGGUCGUUGCUCAGUGGCAGAACAUCUGCUUUGCAUGCAGAAGGUCCAGGUUCAAUCCCUGGCACCUCCAGCUAAGGCUGGGGGAGACCUCUGUCCUGACACCCUGGAGAACUGCUGCUACUCAGUGCAGACAGUACUGUGCUAGAUGGGCCAGUGGUCUGACGCGGUGCAAGGCAGACUCCUGCGUUCCAGACCUGCUGCUCUGGACAGAUAUUACAUCUCUUUAGUAGGCAUGUCUUUCCCCCUGGAAGUUCUUUUCUGUCCCUUCAGGCAUCCUCAGCGAUGCAGUCUUCAUUGGAGAUUGACUGCACCUUAUCUCCUUUCAUUGCUGCAAAGGAUUAAGCAUACCUGCCUGGCUCUCAUAAGCGUGUGAGCUGUUAUAACGAACUGAAAUUCAUUUUUAAUAGCAAAGUUAAUCGCAGAGUCCACUCAUUGAUUCUCUAUUUUGCAGCUGUAUUAGCUAGGCUGUGCUGCUGCUAAUGGUCUAGAAAAUCGCCUUUUAAUAAAGUCAGGCAGAGGGUGUGUGUUUGGCGGGGUGCAGGGAGAGAGAGAGAGAGAGAGAGAGAGAGAGAGAUCUAACUAACUGUAAAAGUACAAGCCAGGAUGGCUAAAAUUGGAAAGCUUCGGAAUGAGCGGCAUAAAAGGAGGCUGGCAACAGUCAUGCAUUGAAGCAAACAGAAGCCGUUCAAAGGCUGUUUACUCACAUGCAGGCUUAUCACUGAAUGACAGCAGCUUCCAGAGAGCUUUCUUUGAUACCUUUUGCACUUGCAGCUUUUUGUUUGCACUUUUGGUGCAGAGAACAAGUUUGUACUAUGUUGAGUAAUUUGAGAGGAUAGUGCUUUGUUUGCAUUCUGAUAUUUGAGGAAGGAAGACAAAUUAACUGAGGGUUUUAUUUCGCUGUCUCUCCAGAUUGAGGAAAGAUUGCAUGUGCUGAUGGUAGAGCUUCUAUGUUAAAUUAAAAUGCAGAGAGGUUCAAAACUUUGACUCUCAGGGUUGGGUGAAUUGCCGUUUGCUGUCCUCAAGGUAUGUGAUGAUUUUCUGCACAGGCCUUCCUUCCCUCUUUGUCCUAUAACUACAUUUCCCUGCUUCUGUUUAACGUGCUUUCGAAAGCUUUGCGUAAAUCUGGAUCUCACACAAAUAAUCACGUAACGGUUUCACCAUGUGCACAAAGCAGAACUCAGCCCUCAUCCAUUCAAACCGCACUGCACAGCCAUUUAUAGGCAGCAAGAAUUGUUUUUUUGCUUGCCCAGUGUGAGCGGAACAAUGGUUAUAUUUUCGCAGUAAGAAGCUUGUGCUGAUGAAAGCCAGCGUGGUGCUAAAAGCAAGAAAAGCCAUUCUGGAUUAAGCCAGUAAGGAGAUACCACAAAUACAUAUAUUUGUGAUAGGUUUUCGCUGUUUGUACAGUAAUAUUUCCCUGCAUAAACACUUCCCUGUAUUUCACUGGGGAUGUAAAACCCAACCAUUUUAUAUAAUCGCAUUAGAACCAAUUUAGUGCGGCUGGGAUUGCUUCUUGCACUUCACAGGUGAAAUUCUGCUGAGGCUGGCAGGAAAUGGUCACAUUCCCUAGCUUCCAAACCUUACAUUUGCUCCCACGGUGUGGACUGUAGCUACAGGAUUGUGGUUAGCUAGGCUGGAGGACUUCAGAUGGUAGCUGCAUUUGCACCUACAGUGGUGCCUCGCAAGACGAAAUUAAUUCGUUCCGCGAGUUUUUUCGUCUAGCAAAUUUUUCGUCUUGCGAGGCACGAAAUCCCAUAGGAAUGCAUUGAAAUUCAAUUAAUGUGUUCCUAUGGUCAAAAAAAGUCCAAACAAAGCCAAAUUUGGUACAACAAGAGUUUAUUAAGUGUUCUUUAAAGUCACACAUCCUGUAAAGAGCAUUUCAAAAAUUGAAGGAACAAUAAAUUAAGUUUCUAAACAUGACAGAAAAACAUUUAAAAAUCAACAAAGUGUACAGUACAUUUUCUAAGACUCUGGGGGACAACUCGAAGAAGGUUCCUCUUCCACUCUUUGUUUCUUGCUGAAGAACCCCCUCCUCAACUGUUCCCCCAGCCACCCACCACACAGAAAUUCAAAUCCAGAAUUUUUUUUAAAAAAACAGCAGAGUGGCCCAAUGGUCACAGAAAAUCAUAAAAAUGCAGGAAAAAAAACACAAGCUUCCAGAUUCUUGCAAACCCCUCCUCAACUGUUCCCCCAGCCACCCACCACACAGAAAUUCAAAUCCAGAAAUUUUUUUAAAAAACAGCAGAGUGGCCGAAUGGUCACAGAAAAUCAUAAAAAUGCAGAAAAAAACCACACAAGCUUCCAGAUUCUUGCAAACCCCUCCCCAACACCAAGUCCUUGAAUUCCAAACACCCCAACCCAAAAUCCAAAACCCCCCAAAAAAGUUUUAAAAGUUUAAAAGAAGUUUUGGAAAAGCUUCAAAAAUCACCAAAGUCUUCAAAAGCCUCAAAAAAGGCUACCACACUGCGUUCUAUGAGUUGCUCCUCGAAGUCAAGUCGCAACUGUAUUAACGGUGUUAAGAAAAAGGAAACAAACUUGCAAGACGUUUUCGUUUUUCGUCUUGCGAAGCAAGCCCAUAGGGAAAUUUGUCUUGCGAAGCAGCUCAAAAAACGGAAAACCCUUUCGUCUAGCGAGUUUUCCGUCUUGCGAGGCAUUCGUCUUGCGGGGCACCACUGUAUUGGUAUAACACACUUGCUGGCUUAUCUGGCAUGGGCAGUGUGCUAGUGCAGGCUACCAAUCUCUCCUACUUUGUUCCUGCCUUCAUGCAAAGCGCAUCAAUAAACUAAUAAGUACUUGCUCCAAUUACACCUUAAUCAGGGUUGUGGUCUAUCGUUCUCUAAGAAAACAUGGUUGCUAGUCAACCAGAGGACAUGGUUUAUAGUCUGUUUAUUAUUUAUUUAUUUAGUUACUUACUGCAGAUAAUGUUUCAGAGUAGACUCAUGGAAAGCAAGGGACCUAAAUUAGCCAUGUCUAUUAAUUUCCAUGGGUCUACUUUGAGCAGAACUACCGCUGGAUACAAACCACAUAAUGACAACUUCAACAGGAUAAAACAACCGUACAGUGGUACCUCGGGUUACAUACGCUUCAGGUUACAUACACUUCAGAUUACUGACUCCGCUAACCCAGACAUAGUGCUUCAGGUUAAGAACUUUGCUUCAGGAUAAGAACAGAAAUCGUGCUGCGGCGGCACAGCAGCAGCAGGAGGCCCCAUUAGCUAAAGUGGUGCUUCAGGUUAAGAAGAGUUUCAGGUUAAGAACAGACCUCCGGAACGAAUUAAGUACUUAACCUGAGAUACCACUGUAUUGACUAAAAAUGCUCAUCCUGCAGUAUUAUAAAAUACAAGGUUUAUAUAGCUCUUAAUGAAACCUUCUAAGCGGCUGGCAUAGAACAACAUGAAAUAUUGAUUAACAAUAUUGAUAAAAUAAAAAACAAAUUGACAUACGAAGUACCCAGGUAUGGAUAAAACCAGCAGUUUUGAAACAAAUAUAUCUAAUAAACCUGGGAAGGCUUGCCUAAAGAAAAAGAUUUUUAGCAGGUGCUGAAAAAGGUACAGCCAAAGCAUCUGCCUAAUAUCAAUUGGCAGGGAGUUCCAGAGCAUAGAGGCUGCCACACUAAGGGAUUGAGUCAUUGCAAGUGUGGAACAAGCAUUUCGCUCUUCCAUAGUUCCACAGGUCAAAAUGGAUGACAGGGCAUACACCCUUGUGCAUUUAAUUGAAACAAAGCGUAUUUGCAUCUUACACGUAAUCCUGUACUCAAAACAAACACGGAAAGUCAGUUGAUCAUUAUGGUGUUGGAAGCCUGCAGCCAAUAGAAGGAAUGAAGCACUCGCUGCAAUAUAUUGAGGUUCUGCAAAAGAGAGUUACUCCAGAGCUGGAAAAGAGGUAUCCUGACGGUACAGGGAUAUUGCAGCGGGACCUAGCCCCCUGUCACACAUCGAAAAUGGGGAAGAAAUUCAUAACAGAGCAGCAAAUACAGGUACUUGAUUGGCCAGGAAAUUCCCUGGACUUAAAUCCCAAAAGUCGCCUCCAUGCUGUAGACUGUAUGACUAUGAAGAAACUCAUUCAGGUGCUGAUUCAAGUGUGGUACAGGGAUCCGAAAAUCAACAGUAACUGUUUGAAACUACAGUGGUGCCUCGCAAGACGAAAUUAAUCCGUUCCGCAAGAGUCUUCGUCUAGCGGUUUUUUCGUCUUGCGAAGCAAGCCCAUUGACGGAUUAGCGCUAUUAGCGCUAUCAGCUGUUUAGCGGCUAUUAAAGGCUUAAAGGCUUAGGGGAUUAGCUGCUAAAAGGCUAUUAAAGGCUAUUAAAGGCUUAGCAGAUUAGAUAAAGGUGGUGAAAAGCGAAACAAAAAUCUCAAGACUCGCAAGAUAUUUUCGUCUUGCGAAGCAAGCCCAUAGGGGAAUUCGUCCUGCGAAGCAACUUCAAAACGGAAAACCCUUUCGUCUAGCGGUUUUUCCGUCUUGCGAGGCAUUCGUCUUGCGGGGCACCACUGUAGUAGACUCCGUGCCAAAUCGUGUUCAAAUGCUGCUUAAAAAUAGCGGAGGUCAUAUCUGUUAGUAAUGUACGUAUAUGUGAGUUUUGUACAAUAAACUACAUUGUUUGUUUCCAGUAAUUUGCACAAGGGUGUGAAUGGAAUAAGGCAGUCCUUCAAGUAAGCUGUUGAUGGCUUUUAUUGGCUUCCUGAUAAUGACUUUGGAGAGCAGCAAACUGUGAUCCCGGUUCAGAUAUAAUUAAUUAAUAUACCGUUUAAUGCCAAAACAGCUUCUAAAUGGCUUACAAAACAUAAAAAACAAUUGCACAAUGUUGUUCAAAUAUGGAAUAAUUAAAUAAUAUAACAGUUCCAGGAAACAAUAAAACAACCCCAUUAAACCAUUUACAGUGUAAAUAUCCAUGAUUUUAAAAUGCAAUGAAACGUUAAAACAGCACAGCAAUUAAAACAGGAAACUUGGGUCAAGAGAUCAAGGGAACGCCAGUGUAAACAGGUGCAUCUUCAGAAACUGGUGGCAUGCCAAUAUAGAUGGGGCAUUUCAUAUUUCAAUGGGCAGUUCAUUCUGCAAUACUGUUGUCACAGUACUGUCACAGUGCUUCUUGAUUUGUUUAUCCUGCUUGCAGAAGAGGAGCAAAGUAAGAGUGAUCAAGAAGCGUGCAUGGACAUGCUGCUUCUCCAGAUAAAUCGUGGUAAGGUAGGCACUCUGGCUUGUCGUGUGAAUGCAGCCGCUUGUCACCACACUGAACUGCAAUGACUAGAACAACAGAGGAAGUAUUGCAGAUGAAAUCUGAACAUUGUUGAGAACUGAUGCUAUUAUUUUCUGGGUCUUUUAAAUAAUGCAUCAGAUGCAUAACCCUGAAAACUGGUUUUCAGUUCUGCCAAAAAUAUUUUGGUGACCAAGAGUAGCUAAUUACACUGCAUUCACAGGCAACUGGAAAGGCUAAUAAUGGUCCUGAAUAUUUCUGCAAUGGGUUAUUCAUGGGGCAUACUUUACUGUCUGUGCUGCCCACGUUCCUCUUGCAUACAGAAAUAGAUCUCCAGCUCUUUCACUAUAAGUGAUAUGAGAGUUCUUCUCUCCUUGUUGUAGAGCUGUGGUGGGUUGACUUUAAUCUCACAGUCUAUUUUAAAAAUAAAUCCAUGUGGUCUUCCAGUCUGCAUUUUUCACCGGGAGUGCAUGUGCAGGAUCAGUUAAGGGGUGACAAUUCUGUUUUAAGAGAUUCUUGCUUAAGAGCAUAAGAAUUGCCUGGUUGGGUCAUGACCAUGAUGAGGCUUGCUCAGCCUCUAUCCUCAAAGGUUUUCAGUUCACCAUAAUGAGAACUGCUUCCUUUAGGGCGAACCGGAAGUAAUUCUACUCUUUAUGGCAGAGCUUUCCAAACUUUUCAUGUUUGUGACACACUUUUUAGACAUGCAUCAUUUCACGACACAGCAAUUCAGUUUUACUAGCAAACCAGAUGUUAAACUAACCCCUUUCCAUUCCUGGGAGGAGCACAAGGAGUGUUUGCAUGACACCACUACACACUGCAGCCGACACAAAAGCAUGUCGCGACACAUAGUUUGGAAAGCUCUGCUUUAUGCACUGGGCGUAAUAAAAGUUAUUGCUGGAUAUGAUGUGUUUAUGACUCCCAAAGCUGUACUGCUUGAAUGUUAGAAGUAUAUGAUCCUUGAUGAAGAUUUGGUGGUAGUCAUGUGCUUAUUUCAAUCAAGACUGUUGCAUCCUGCUGGAGAAUCCUCAGUACUGUCCUCUGGACAUAUUUGGGUGGGGUUUCGGGUUGUUUCUUUUUUGUAUAAUAUUAAGCUAGCACAUUACAAAACCUGUGGUUCUCCAGAUGUUGCUGGAGAACAGGCAAAUCCACAUCAUACAUUUAAAGCAGUUUAAAUGGGAACAGUAGUUUCAUCCUCACUGAGCUGCAGUCCCCACCAAUAAACUGUACUUCCCAGGAUUCUUUGGGAGGAAGUCAUUAAUGUGUUGAAUUAACUUUAAAUGUCUGAUGUGGAUGUCCCAUACAUCUCACAUCAUCCCUGACAGAUGGCCAUGCUGUCUGGGAAAGGGCCAUAGGUUCUUCAUCCUUUUUAUAAAAGAGCCACAGAUGUUCAGGGGUGGGGAAUCUUUUUUCUUUUUCUUUUUAGCCCAAACAGCUUAUCCCCUCAUAGAUGACCUUUUGGGGUCUUUGUGACAAAAAUAGGUGGCGCCAGAUGCAAAACUGGGUGGAGUAAGAGGUGCGACUCUUAUCUUCAUACAUUAGGCUGUAUUCCAGUUACAGUACAGUGGUGCCUCGCAAGACGAAAUUAAUUCGUUCUGCGAGUUUCUUCGUCUGGCGAAUUUUUUGUCUUGCGAAGCACGGUUUCCCAUAGGAAUGCAUUGAAAAGGAAACAAACUUGCAAGACGUUUUCGUUUUUCGUCUUGCGAAGCAAGCCCACAGGGAAAUUCGUCUUGCGAAGCAACUCAAAAAAGAAAAACUCUUUCGUCUUGCGAGUGUUUCGUCUUGCGAGGUACCACUGUACCCCCAAAAUCAGAGGUUUCUACAUGCACUCAACCCACCACCUCUCUUGUUUCAACCAGACAAGCAAGAGGCAUUGUCCACAAUUGUAGCCAGUGCUGUUGUAGAAGGUGCACCAUUGAGGGGGAUAGGAAGCUUGGACCGAGACUAGUCAUGACCUGGGAAUAGUCCCGAAGGCCUGUUUCAGGGCUGCUUUCAGCGGCUUGAGGUUCUCCCACCCAUGAGAUUCAGUAACAAAAUGAGUUUGUUUGUCAGUCAUUACAGUGCAGAAUUUCAUGGUUGUGUAUAUCCAUCUAUGCUUUCUUUUUUAUGCUUAUUAUAAUGUUUGUCCUAAUAUGCAGUCUUAAAUGCAGGUAGAGACCACAAUUUGCCCUUUUCUCUGAGAAAUACCAAAACUUUUCUUACAUCUCCUUAAGUUCAAUGGGUCUGCUCUAAGCAUGACGUAAGUCUGGCUCUUUCCUAUGGACUUAAAUUGAACUGUGUUUUCCACUCUGACUUCCAGUGCAGAGUACAGAGGGCUUUCGGUUACUAUAGAGGCACCAGGUAUACAGCAAUGCCAGACUGCACCCUUAGAGAACCAUGGCCAAUGGCAGCUUUCAAUCUAACACCAGAAAUUCAGACUGAAACCCACUACGACAACCAAAGCUGAUUAAAAAAACCUAAUAAAAACACAUCUAUACAAAUAAGAGACAGGUCUUGCAGAUUGUGCCCAACUAAGAGAGGACACAAGUAUCCAAAACUCAUUAAAUUAAGGGGCCAAAGCCUUGGUAAAAGGAAUGGUUUAUUAUGUGUGGGUCUGCUCUGAGUAAAAAUUAGUUGGAUACAACUCAGGAAUUCAGAGAAUUCAAACAAAUAAAAACAGGGUCUGAUCUUGUGGAGCAGGGAAGGCCUGGGCAAAAACAAACCUUUACAAAACAUCUGAAGCAAGUGAAGGCUGUUGCUUUUGCAUAUGACGAGAGGAAGGGGGUUCUAUAGUACAGGGGCAAUAGCAGAAAAUGCCCAUUUUUGGUUCACCACUCUAUGAUGUUUUUUGGAGUGUGGUGUUGUGAGGGGAAUUUCCACAAAUGAUUUAAGUGAUCUCGGCAGGGCAAGGCCUCUGCAGGGGGCAGGUGGUUUCAUGUAACCUGGCUCCAAGUUGCAUUAAGAACUUUGUAUGCCAGCUGCCACACUUUGAACAUGUGCCCCGGAAGCUGAUCAGUGGCAGCCGGCGCAGUUCAUGGCUGAGAAGAUGAGCUGGAGGAAUAUUGGGUGAACACUGACUGCUCUGUAUAUCGCUUGUGUUGGGCUUCCCAGAAUGGGCCUGGAGUGACAGCAGGUGGCCCAUGUCGCUGUUGUAAGAUGGAGAUUAACACACUCUCUCGUCUGCAUGAGAGCAUUUUGUUUAUGCUCAGGCAUCUGACAAGUACUUAAAGCUCCCACUUUAGAGCCUCUCAAAUUCUUCCAAGGCAACACUCCCUAGAGCAGCGUUUGCUCACAUUGUCUCGCUCCUAAACUUUAUAUGUAAACCUUGAAAGCUCAUUUAGUCGAAGGCUGUGAAGUAUCCCUCCCUUUUAUUGGUUUGCCUGAGAGCUGGCUUAUUUUGGUUCCUUUCUGUGAGAAUCUGACACACAGGCAAAAUUCAAGCCUGGGUUUGCUUCCUCUGGAGCGGGGAUGUUUGUGCCAGAACUUUUAAGGAAAAACCCUCAGUGGCUAGAAAGUGUGUGACACACUGCUCAGAAACUUUCCCUCUGCCAGUUGCUUCUAACAUGCUGGGGCCUGCCCUGUACAAAAAAGGAUAAGGGAACAAGCUGUGAGGAAUUCCAUUUGCCAAGCCAAGUUGGCUGCGGUGUUUCAGGGAGGGAGGGUCUGGCAGGCAAGUUUGGUUCUGCUCCUCGCAAGGCCUGCUUGUUUUUCUUCAGGAAAACGUCCUCUGACUUCAUUUGGAGAGAUUUUCAGUUUUAAACAUUGCAAUAAUCUUACAGACAUUUUAACGUUUCAAAACUUGACUUCCUUCCCCCUCUUUCUGCGGUUUUUAAAAUUUAUUUUUAAUAUUUUCUGCAUAUCCAAAUUAAUUUGUUCAUUAAUUCAUCUACUUUAAAUAUACAAUCGGACCUUGGGUUACAGACGCUUCAGGUUGCGUUUUUCCGGGUUAUGGACCCGCCGAAACCCGGAAGUACUGGAACAAGUUACUUCUGGGUUUUGGUGGCCGUGUAUGCGCAGAAGUGCUGAACCGCAACCCGCACAUGCGCAGACGCGCUGCUGCAGGUUGUGAACACUGCAGGUUGCAAACGUGUAUCCCACACGGAUCAUGUUCGCAACCUGAGCGUCCGCUGUAUACUCUUAUGAAACUGCAGGUAAUUACAAUCAUCCUGCCGAUGUUCUUAUCUGUUUACAGCUUGUUUGUACAUAUUCAAUAAAUCAUUUCCAUUCUUUUAUAAAACAUUUGUUAUCUUGAUUUCUUAUUUUUCUGGUAGGUUUCACCAUUUCUGCAUAUUCCAUGUCCAUUCUUCUUUUGCUGGGACUCCUUCUUAAUAAAUAAAUGUUAUUGCUAUUAUUUUCUUUUUCCAGUUUUUUUCCCUUCUGAUUAUUUUGUAGUCUUAGAAGCUAAGGGGAUUGUCAUGAAGCGUGCCUGCACUUCAGGAUUUACUGCUAUGCUUACGGCAUUGACCGAUGAGUGACUUCCCUGGCUGAAAACAGGUGACCCUGCUUGGGGAUAACAUCUUUUUUGGGGGUCAGAUUGAGGCCUUUGCAUGUUGCCUGAUUAGAAGUUCAGAUGCUCAAACUUGAAUCAACUUCAUAACCCGCCUCUGUUCCUGUGCUGGGUACUAUUCCCAUGUCCUUGGUUGGGACAGCACAAGUUCAGGGGCAGAGUGAAGUGGCAGUACAGGAUCUAGGAUUUGCAGUACAGGAUCUAGGAUUUGUAUGGGGGGGAGAGACAGGGUCUAGGGGAAGCAGUUAUCAGUGGUGUCUCCCUCCCUGAGUGUGUCCACACAUCCUCCUUGUGACUCUUGUGACUGUACAUCUGCUUGCCUUUCCCUCUAGCCAAAUCUGCACCACCUCACAGAGGAACAAGUCAAGGUGUGUGGUAGGGAUGUUAGAAGGCAUUGCUUCCUUUUCUGUCCUGUAUUCAUUGCAUGCAGCGUCGCUUCCGUUCUGCUACAGUUCAUCUUCGGCCAAAAACCCCAUUAUUUGUUUCAUUGUUCACGGUAGUGAAAUUACAUAGCUUACGUAAUUUCUCCGAUCUAUUACAUCAAUUAGGCAGGCUACAUUGCCGUCAUGUUAUUCCACCCCAUUAAUUUCAGUGCAGAAGGAACACUAUGCAAAUUGGGGAGUGACAUAAUCUAUUAUUAUUAUUUUACCCUGAAAGCAAAAACCAUGAAGACUAUGGUAAUUAUAUUUGCUGGAUUGAUUUCUGUACCAGACGUGGAACAAAGAAGCGAACAUUGGCAGUUUCCACACCUGUUUCUGUUUUCAUUGUAAUUCUGUAAAUCCUUAGUGUGUGGAGAUUGUUGCUCCUUUUUCUAGCGCCUCUCACUGCUUGCUCUAAGAGGGCAGGUAAAUAGACCAGUGCUGCGCUAAAACCUGUCAUCCAAUUUCUCAAAAGCUUUCUUCCGCUGUGAAGGAGACAUUUUUCUGCCUCAUUCUCUCUGGGAAAUUUUCAAUUUUUCUUUAGCCUUCUGGUCAGUGCAAGGUUUUGAAUGCGCUGUAUUGUUGCAAGGUGACAGAGAGUGCUGUGUGUGCAUGCACACUCUUGCUUUCUUUCCAGUGAAUAUUUCUCUGGCACUUUGCAGCUUCCUUGGCUGCCCAGAUCAGGUUCUGAUCUGAAAAAAGCCCCAUGGGAGGAGUUCCUGUCCAUCCCUGGACUUUAAUUGGAGUGUGAGAAUGAAAGAAAGGAGACUUGCUAACACCCCUUGGCUGCCUCAAAAGUAUGGCAAUCACAAUAAUAACCACAUACCCCACACAUGAGAAAUUCACCAAAUUUCUCUCUCUGUGUGUGCUUCAAUUCAUUGAAGGAAGAUGGUUGGGGAAAAUGCAGGAGAAUUUUUUUGGCACAGCACUAAAACAGAUAGCAACUGCAAGGAGCACCAGCAGCGGGGCAGGGGGCUCCAGGAUUUGGCAUAGAGCCCCCUACUGGGUCAUAGGUCUUUUCUGGCAUCAAAUGAUGCUGACAAGGGGCUUUGAAAACCCAUUGGUUGCUUGGCUGGGUUCCACACAUAUCAUACAGGCUUGCCUUAAUUAUUUUUCUAUAAUUAUUUCUCAUAAUUACCGUAUUUUUCACCCUAUAAGACACACUUUUCCCCCUCCAAAAAUGAAGGGGAAAUGUGUGUGCAUCCUAUGGGGCGAUUGCAGGCUUUCGCUGAAGCCUGGGGAGCGCGGGGGGGCGGUGCGCACCGACCCCCCUCGCUCUCCAGGCUUCAGGAAGCUAUCCGCAAGCCUUGGGAGAGCUGCGCGGCUUGCGGAGAGCUUGCCUGCACCCAGAAGCUUGGGGCGCGCUGAGCUCAGCACGCCCCAGGCUUCGGGCUUCGCACAGCUCUAUGCUAGUCGUGGGCGAGCUGCGCAAAGUCGUGCAGCUCUCCCACGGCUUGUGGAUAACAGCCUGCUCUGGGGGCUGGGGCCGGGGAAACUCAGGCUUCCCCCGCCCCAGCCCCACACCUGGGGGGGAAAAUAAUGUUUUUUCUUUAUUUCCCCCCCAAAAAACUAGGUGCGUCCUAUGGGCCGGUGCGUCCUAUGGGGUGAAAAAUACGGUAUUCAUAACGAAAAGUACUGAUGAAAUUUUCCAAAGAUACAGUGAAAUUGAAAGCUUUUUAAAAUUCUUCUCCCCACCCAGUACUGGAGUGACCUUGUGCAUUUUUUGACAAACUACCAGUGCAUAAAACUUGGAAAUGGACAGAGCAUUAAUCUCUCUCUCUCUCUCUCUCUCUCUCUCUCUCUCUCUCUCUCACACACACACACACACAUAUACACUCUCUUGUGUAUAUUAUUCCUCUCCCUCUCAGUUCUCAUGCACACACCUUCACACAUUUCCUUCACGCAAAAUGAAUUGAGAAGGCUCUUCAAAACAAGAACCCAUUGACUAUUUUUCCAGAAAAACAAAUGAUCUUGCUAAGAAAUUCAGAUUUUGAACUGUGUAGGCAGCUGAGCAGAAAACAGGAAUUAUAGGCUUGGAGAGGAAGAAGGGUCGAUUUUUUCCCCAGGCUGUGUUCUCUCCACAAUUGAUGGUAAAAUCAUUAAUGGCGAGGUUACAGAUCGGAUGGCAACGCCAGUUGCCAAAAGACAUCACUUCCCCAUGGAUCAAUGAAGUUAUACCCUGCUCUCUUGUAAGCAUUAUUGUAGAGAUAUAUGGUGUCCUUCUUAAGAAAGAGUAGCUCCAACUGCAUAUUUUCUCCCUGUGUUUGGGGGGGGGGGUUGUAGUUUUUUUCUUAAAAAAUAUAUUUAUAUUUAUUAUUUAUAAAAUUUCUAUACCUCCCUUCAUCCGAGGAUCACAGGACGGAUUACAAUAUAAAAACACAAACAUGCAUACUAUAGUAACAAAUGAAAAGAAUGCCCCCAUAGUUUAAAAGGCCAUGGAUUACUUAAUUAGCCAAAGGCCUGGGAGAAAAGGAGUGUUUUUGCUUAACAUAUAAAGAGAUGUAAUGAAGGAACCAGGUGAGUCUCCCUGGGGAGAGCACACCCCAAAUGGGGAGCCAUUGCCGAAAAGGCUCAUUCUCAUGUCAUGCCAACCACCCAGACCUUUCAUGGAGGGGGCAGUUGAAGAAGGUCCUCAGAGUAUGGGCACAGCAUCUAGGUUGUUUUAUAUGGGGAAGUAUCCUUGAGGUAUUGUGGUUCUGAACCUUUUAAGCCUUUCUAUGUCAAAGCCAGCACUUUGAAUUGGACCCAGAAACUAAUUGGCAGCUAGUACAGUUGGGCCAGAAUUGGUGUAAUAUGCUCAAACCAUCUUGCCCCAGUGAGCAACCUGGCCACUGAAUUAUGCACCAGCUGACGUUUCCGAACUGCCUUCAGAUGCAGCUCCACAUAUAACUCAUUGCAGUAAUCUAACCUACAGGUUACCAGAGCAUAGACCACAGACGUUAGGCUAUACCUGUCCAGAUAGGGACACAGCUGGGCAACCAGCCCAAGCUUGAUAGAAGGCCACCUGAGCCUCAGGCUACGUACCUGCUCCUUCAGAGGGAGUGUAACUCCAUCAAUACCAAAGCCCAAAGUACUGUUUCUUCUGUGAGGUUUCUUCAUUUUCCUUUAUUGGGUUUGCAAAAGGUAGAUUAUUUUGUCUUAUUUUUAUCUCCUCAUCCCCCUGCGAAGUUCAUUUUUAUAUUUGUGUGGGCAGACUCAGAAGUGGUUACUUGCCUAAGCCUAUCCAAUAAAAAGUUGAGCUUGUAUUUGAACCCAUGUCUUCCUGGUUCAAGUGGAAUGCUCUGUAUCUUUAUGCUUAGCAUAGACUUUUAAAGCCUUUCCUACAUAUUUCCCCCUGAGACUCAGGAUGGGUGAUAGUCAGUGUAAAAUAUCAAAUCAUAACAUACAGAAAUAAGGUAGAGAAUCUCCUGUACUUUCCAUCAUAAUGUGUGCUCUAGUCUUGUUGUUUCUUGCAGAGAAUAACCAGACUCUGACUUCAAUGACAUCCAAAGCCAGAUAUUAUCCACCAGGAAAUGGGACUAUGGGGAGAGCUAUCACUGGGUAGAUAUAAUUGAAUUCUGUUAUUUGACCAAGCUGCUGCUGUUCUCCAUCCAAACUUAAAUAUGCAGGAAGCUGUCUUAUAACAGAUCUGUCUUUGUCCACCUAGGCUAAUAUUAUUAUUGACUAGCAGCAGCUUUUUGGAGUCUUGAGCAGAGGUCUUUCACAUCAUCUGUUAUGUCAGUGGUGCUCCAAUAAAACGGCUAGCACAUUGGCUAAAGCUAAGUAGGGUCUGGUAUGGUUUCAAGUUGGAUGGGGGACCACAUGUUGAGAUUGCUGCAUUGCAAGUUCAAUUAGAUAACCCUCAGGAUAACAGCUCUGUGAUUCACUCUGAAACUUAUACACCACCCUGAUGUUUUGUGAGAGGGCAGUGUUUAGAUACUUUUUUGAUGUUGAUGCAAUUAUGCGUGGUGGGGGUAAGAGAAAAGUUUUUCUUCUUCUCUCGUAAUAUUAGAACUUGUGAACAUUCAAUGAAGUUGAAUGCUGGAUGAUUCAUGAGAAAGCAAACAAGGUACUUCUCCACACGUGGUUAAACUCUGGAAUUUGCUCCCACAAGAUGUGGUGUUCACCGCUUACUUGGAUGGCUUUAAAAGAGAAUUUGACAAAUUCACAGAGGCUGUCAGUGGCCAGUAAUCCCGAUGGCUAUGUUCUACCUCCACUGCUGACAGUAAUAAUAAUAAUAAUAAUAAUAAUAAUAAUAAUAAUAAUAAUAAUAAUAAUUUAUACCCCGCCCUCCCCAGCCAAGGCCGGGCUCAGAGCGGCUUACAAGCAAUAAUAAAACAAGUUGAAUGAUUACAACUUAAAAACAAAAUUAAAAUGCAACAUUAAAAUAUUGAAACAUCAAAAUAUAAAAAUGUAGCCUCAUCACAGGAGGAGAAGGAAAAGAAAAAAGAAAGAGAGGGAGGGAAUCAAAUUGGCUCCAAGCCAAAGGCCAGGCGGAACAACUCUGUCUUACAGGCCCUGCGGAAAGAAAUCAGAUCCUGCAGGGCCCUGGCUCUGGUUGAAGCCAAUCUAACUUCCUUAGGGCCCGGGACCACUAGGGUGUUGCUAUUUAUGGACCUUGAGGCUCUCCGUGGGGCAUACCGGCUGAGGCGGUCCUGUAGGUACGAGGGUCCUAGGCCGUGAAGGGCUUUAAAGGUCAAAACCAGCACCUUAAAUCUGACCCUGUACUCUACCGGGAGCCAGUGCAGUUUGAAAAGCCAUAGAUUAAAAAGUAGUAUGCUUCUGAAUGCCAGUUGCUGGAAACUGCACGAGGGGAGAGUGCUGUUGAGUACAGAACCACCUUGAGGGCUCCCCAUAGGCAUCUGAUUGGCUACAGUGAAAAUAGGAUGCUGAACUACAUGGGCCGCUCACUGGUUCGAUCCAGCAAGCUCCUGGGUUCUUAACGUUUUUGGGAACCCUUUUAACUGGAGGUGCUAGCAUUUGAACCCAGGAUCUGCUGCAUGCAAGGCAUAUGUUUUACCACUGAGCGGUAGCCACAAACUUGCAUGGGGGCAUAUUUGCCCAGUUUUAGCUACUUACCUCUUAUUUUUCCAGCAUCGGCUGAAGGCAGCUUCGUUUCUUUGGUGGUGAAUUGGAGUAACAAAAUUCUCAGUCUUCAUGCUGUGUGAUGGGCAUGUUGACAUGUACAUACCUCUCAACGCUGUGACCUACACCAAUAGACCAGGCCUGGGAAGCCUGUGGCCCUCCAGAUAUUGUUGGACUCCAACUCGCAUCAGCCCCAGUCAUCAUGGCUACUACUUGUCAGGGAUGAUGGGAGUUGUAGUCCAGCAACAUUGGGAGGGCCACAGGUUCCCCGGCCAUGCAACGGACAGUGGGCUUGUCCACACAGGAGCAAAAUGUGGAUUUGUACCAGCCUAUCUCCCUAUUAAAUUAGGAGCAUUCACAUGAUGUCCUCUCCAUCCCAGUGUUACCAAGGUCCUUUCCUCAUUUAAGUGUGGGAUUUUUUGGUCAUUGGAAAGUGUGAAAUGUCCAGGAUCAAAAACCCUGCAUUUAAAGUGGAAAGGUGUGGGACGAUACUGGGAUAGGGAAGAUGCCAUGUGGAUACUCCUAAUUUAAUAGGGAGAUAGGUUGGUACAAAUCCACCUUUUGCUCCAGUGUGGACAUGCCCGUAAGAAUCAGACCAGGGGUUAAUCUAGUCCAGCGUUUUGUUUCCAACAAUGGCCAGGAAGAGCUCCUUUAGUCUUGCUUAGUUCCUAGAUUCUGGUAUUUAGAGGUACAGUGGUGCCUCGCAAGACGAAAUUAAUCCGUUCCGCGAGUCUCUUCGUCGUGCGGUUUUUUCGUCUUGCGAAGCACGGCUAUUAGCGGCUUAGCGGCUAUUAAUGGCUUAGCGGCUUAGCGGCUAUUAACGGCUUAGCGGCUUUAAGAAAAAGGAAACAAACUCGCAAGAACUCGCAAGACGUUUUCGUCUUGCGAAGCAAGCCCAUAGGGAAAUUCGUCUUGCGGAACGACUCAAAAAACGGAAAACUCUUUCGUCUAGCGAGUUUUUCGUCUUGCGAGGCAUUCGUCUUGCGGGGCACCACUGUAUACUACAGCUGACCCUGGAUGUUCUGCUUUAGCUAUCAUAGUUUCAUUGAUAGAACCAUCUUCCAUUACCAUGUCUUUUAAAUAGGCAGCUAAGGUAUUUUCCAACACUAUAUCCUGCAGCAGUGAAUUCCAUAACAUUUAACUAUUGCUUCCUCUAAUAGCAAACUUGGGCGAUGAAUGCCAACAAGAUCUGAGCCAAAAUGGGGCCACUGUGAAACAGAAGUGGGCUGUCAGCUUUCUUGAGAGAACUCUCGAAAUGGGCAGAAGUACACAAUUUUUUUUUUUAAUAAAUUAAUGUGUCCACCCUCCUCUCUGCAAACAGCCCAAUGGGGAACUGAGCAUCCAGAGCGAUGACAUGUUGUGUAUCAUCUGGAAACUCAGGAACAAGGAGUGGAAUGCCCAGAUAGAGACUCCUUAACAGUAUCUUGGAGGGAGGCAUAGCAGGCCGGCUGCAGCCAUGAACAGGAACACUCCUGUUAGGAGGCUAGGAUGCACUGCAACAUUUUGUUGCAGCUCCCACUUUGGAUUCUCACGUCUCCUCUCUCUCCUCCAACCUAGGGAUAUAAGAAGCAGUGUUAGAAACUGGGAUAGAAAAGCUAGGAGCCAAGUGGCUUCUGGGACCUGGCUUCUGGGUGCUGACGGGGGUCAGCAACAUGUUUUAUUUAUUAUUUUGAUAAGCAUGAAUUAAUUUGCAAGUUACAUAAGUGACACAUUGUUAAUAUCACAUUUUAGCAGAAAUUAUUAAUACAUCUUUAAUUUGGUGUUGACAAUAAAAAUAUUGGUACCAUACUUCAGUUUUCAAAACACUCCACUCUCUAUUCUUAAAACUCCUUAACAUAUUGUCUAUCCUUAACAUAUACGGUACUUCAAGGCUUCAAAGCACCAUACAUUUCAGUAAUCCUUCUUUGUCAGCCAGGAGCAAAAAAUAGCACCCAGACUUUUAGAGGUGCUCACAAAUGGAGAAUCUUUAGGUGCAAAAUACGCCUGGCGUCCUGCUAAUUUCGAACCCUGAUAAGAAGGUAUCAUUUCCUGUAAUGCCCUGUAUUUAUUUAUGUUUCCAUUUCGCUGCAGUUUGUCCUCCCAUCAAAAACUGCAUUAUUUGUCUUGCUGUCUGCAAGUUAUGUGAUUCAUUAGAUAUAUUAAUUAUUCCACUGCAUUCAUUUCCGUGCAACAGACACACAAUGCAAAGGGGUGGGGGAUGCAAUCAGUUACAAAUCAUUGCAGACAACAAAAGCAAAUAUUGAUCAUGUUCGCUGGAUUGAUUUCCAUUCUGGUUAUGGGAUGAAUUGGAGAACAUCUGCAACUUCUGCUAUGUUUUCCAUUUUUGUCAGAAUUCUCCAACAUUCUCUACCUACCACCAAGGGACAAAUCAUUCUCCUAUAUCCUCUUCACCACCCCAAAGCUCUGCUGUUCUGGUUUCCCUUGAUCACAUCUAGCAGUGUAGGGAGGGAAUUUGGAGAUGGCUUGUCUCUGGGGUGAGCCAAGAUUGUUUGUUGUUGUUUAGUCGUUUCCGACUCUUCGUGACCCCAUGGACCAGCGCACGCCAGGCACUCCUGUCUUCCACUGCCUCUCACACUUUGGUCAAACUCAUGCUGGUAGCUUCAAGAACACUGUCCAACCAUCUCGUCCUCUGUCGUCCCCUUCUCCUUGUGCGCUCCAUCUUUCCCAACAUCAGGGUCUUUUCCAGGGAGUCUUCUCUUCUCAUGAGGUGGCCAAAGUAUUGGAGCCUCAGCUUCAGGAUCUGUCCUUCCAGUGAGCACUCAGGGCUGAUUUCUGAGGAUAGUGCAACGGAAAAGGCAGGAGAUGGGGAGGCGGGAAUGGGACUCUGCUGCCCCCUCUCUCACCAUUUGCCCUCUGGAGCUCUUUGGCAAUCGGCGGGUGUUUUUCCCCCUUCUUCUUUCCCAUGCCAUCAUCAUGACUCUGCCUCCAAAUGAUAAUAUUUUUUAUGAUACUGCUUCUAAUCCGUUUCUAGUUGCAGUGUCCUUACGCACAGCUGGAUGAUUUACAGGCCUGUUUAUAAGCCUCUCUCCCUUUUGGCAGAAAGGAGUUUCGAGAGCUGCAAUUUGUUUCUGCCGCUUUCCCAUCCGGGAGACAAACGGCUGAUGUAAAAGACAACGAGGAAAACAAUAAUAAAAGGUUGUGGUUCUUGGCCAGCUGGAAGCAACAAGAUCCUCACAGCUGGGACCAAGGGGUGCAUACACCCUAUAGGAGGACUCGCUUGCACUCUCCAUGAUUCUGCAAUUGCGUUGCUUCAAUGCAGGCAUUUGGCAGUGGGCCUAGGACUUGGGGAUAGAUCAUGUGUUACCUUACAUGCAUGACUGCUACCACAUCGUAUCCCACCCCCUGACAUUUCCCUGAUAUCUCACGUGAUGUGACAUCUUGAGUCUCAGUGUUUCCCACCUCCACUCUGCUUCACUGGCUGCCAGUUUUCUCUCUCUCUGUGUGUGAGUGAAGUGAGCAGAAUGACAUCAUGUUACGCACCGUUUUUCAAUUGUUUCGAGGGAGAUGCAGGAAAAGAUGUAGGUCAACAGCAGGCAUGAGUUCUACGUGUAGUUUAGUCCCGUCUCGUCCCCCACCGAGUCUAGUCCUUAAGUUUGCAAAAAUAGCAAUGCCUAGUGAGUUACAGAUGUCAGAGGGUGGGUUGAAUCCUGUGUUCAGAGGGGGUUAUUCAACUAAUACAUAUUCUAUGUUUAAUGAUUAAUUGGUCAUUUAAUUUAAUUUAAUUUAAUUUAAUAUGGUAUUUUGCCUUUCUGUGUGAAGAAAUGUUUGUUUAGGCAAGCAUUGGGCACACCUGUUUGGAUUGCUUUUAGUCCCCCUGCUCAUAGAAUUGUCGAGUUGGAAGGGAUCCCAAGGGCUGUCUAGUCCAACCCCAUUGCAAUGCAGGAAUCACAGCAUCCAUGACAGAUGGCCAUCCAACCUCUGCUCAGAAACCUCCAAGGAAGGAGAGUGCACCCCUUCCAAGGGAGACCAGUCCACUGUUGAACAGCUCUUGUUAAAAAGUUUUUCCUGAUGUUUAGUCAAAAUCUCCUUUCUUACCAUUUGAAUCCUUUGUUUUGGGUCCUGUAGAGCAGCAAAAGCAAGCUUGUUCCAUCUUCCAUGUGACAUCCCUUCAGAUCUUUGAAGUGGAAUAUCAUAUAAUCCAGGGGUUGGCAAGGUUUACCUUGCCUGGGCUGGUUCACUCCAGCAGAGAUCCCUCCGUGGGCUGGACCGUGCGUGUGCCUGUGAUUUCCGGCGUCUGCACAAACGCAAUUUCCAGCGUCUGUGCAGACGCAAUUUCCAGCACCGCGGAAACGAGUCCUCGCGCUGCACUGCACUGGUUUAGCACAGCGGGCGGGGACUCGCCAAGUGGAUGGUUCGGUUCGUGGGCAGUUCGUGGGUCAGUUAAACGACCCCCGUGGGCCACUUGUGGCCCAUGGGCCUUAGGUUGCUGACCCCUGAGAUAAUCUCUCAGUCUUCUCUUCUCCAGGCUAUACAUCCCCAACUCUUUCAGCUGUUUCUUAUACCUGGUUUGGUUUCCAGGCACUUUAUCAUCUUGGUCACUCUACUCUGCACAGGUUCCCACUUGCCAAUAUCCUUCUUUAAACUGUUGUGCCCAGAACUGGACACAGUACUUCGGAUGGGGUCUGACCCGGCGGUAUAGAAUGGGACCAUUAUUACCCUAUAUCGAGUACUUCUGUUGAUGCAGCCUAGAAUUCCAUUAGCAAUUGGGUGUGUUCUGUGAUCUUUCUCUGCUGCUGUUUCGUUAUUUUAGCAUACUCUGAUUGUUAGUGUUUUGUUUGUUUUGUCUUAAAAAUAUUGCACAAUGGCUUGAGCGCUUCUGCUGAAGUCGAAAGCUGGGGUGUUUGGCAAACAAAUAAGAUUAUUUCUUCAGACCACCUAAUGGGGAUAAUGGAUACAGCUCAUGUAUGCAGAAAGCUGCUUAGCUAAAAUAACUCCGAUUGCACUUGUACAAUUCAGCUUUCCUUGGUACAGGAUCUGUGCGCAAUUUUGAGAUUGUGUGGUUCCUUCUAAGUUCACAAUUGACAUUAUCUGGCUUGUAUUCCUUGUUAAUGGACUAGCGUGUUAGACUUAAGGGAAGGAGACCUGGGUUCAAGCGCCUACUCAGCUGCAAAGCUUUCCCUGCUGACCUUUAGACAGGCCCUCUCUUUCAGUUUAGCCUACCUUACAGAGUCGUUGUAAAGAGACACCACCGGUCUAAUACUCUGGAGUGUCACUGCCACUCAGUAUAGACUAUACUAGGCUAAUUGAACCAAUACGUAGUCUGGUUUGGUACGUAUUUAGUGAUUGAUUGGUUGAUUGCAUUUGAAUCCCACCAUUCCUCCAAGGAGCUUAGAGUGGUGUACAUGGUUUUCCUCUUCCCCAUUUCAUCCUGAGAGAUAGAUUAGGCUGUGGGAAGUUAGUGUCUGGCCCAAGGUGACCCAGGGAGCUUCAUGGCCAAGAGGGAAUUUGAACCCUGGUCUCUGAGGUUAUAGACUGACACUCUAACCACUACACUACCCCUGGCAGUUUCCUGUGUUUCUUUAAAAACAAACUGCUGCUAUUUAAAUUUGUGUUGCUUCCCACACCCUUUUUUUUGGAAUAGCAGGUAAAAUGGUGAACUGGAGCUAUCCUUUAUUUAUUUAUUUAUUUAUUUAUUUAUUUAUUUAAAUCUGUAUACCCUGCUUCUUCUUUUUUUAAAGAAAACUCCCUCGCAAAGCAGCUUACUACUAGCUCCAGUAAAAAACUGACCCUACUUAAACAAUAAAAUAUAAAAUACGGUCACAGAUCAAUAAACCAGCAUGAAUUGCUUUAUAUAUAUGUAUAUAAAUAAAUGGAAUCAUUUUGUUUUUAAUUUGUUUUUAUUCCUGGUGUUUUGUCACUGUGAAAUCGCUUCAAGAUAUUUUAUGGGAGGUGAUUCAGAAAUGGAAUUGAAUAAAUGAUAAAUAAGUGGCUUGAAGAAAUGAAACGCUUCAUGUUAUAACAGGAAUCAUAAAGGCGUUAUGAAGACAUAAAAACCAACGAGAAUUAAGAACUGCAGAAAUAAACAUUAUCUGAGUUCUUGUUCUAAUGAGCCUAAACAGCCCAGCUGAUGCACAAGAUCAUGGGUAGGCAAACUAAGGCCCGGGGGCCGGAUCCGGCCCAAUCACCUUCUAAAUCCGGCCCGCAGACGGUCCGGGAAUCAGCGUGUUUUUACAUGAGUAGAAUGUGUCAUUUUAUUUUAAAUGCAGCUCUGGGUUAUUUGUGGGGCAUAGAAAUUCGUUCAUUUCCCCCCCUUCAGAAUAUAGUUUGGCCCCCCAUAAGGUUUGAGCGACAGUGGACCGCCCCCCUGCUAUAAAAGUUUGCUGACCCUACACAAGAUGGAAGAGGAACUUGUAGUUGGGAGGCUGAUUCAUUAGGGUGAGUGGAGCUCUGUCCUCCCCCAGGAAACCCCCACCUGUCUACCUCCUCACUUAUAACCUGUUCAGAAGGUGUUCUUGGUUGUCAGUGCCCUCCUUGCCUCAGUGUUAGUGUUGACUUGGUAAAACUCAGCUCGGAGGAGGAUGGAGAGAAAACCAGAACCAGUUAGUUCUGUCUGGCUUUGGCUUUGGCUCUGUCCCCUGUGGACCUUUCUGCCCUCCUGCCCUACCUGUUGCAUCCUCCUCCACUGAUUCAGCAGGUAUAUGGGCACCUGGAGGUUUGUAGAAGUCCUAAAAAAAUAACCUUAGGGAGAAACAAUCCCAAAGGGGGAAGGCAGAUACUCAACAACAUCCCAUGAGAACUGAGCAUUUUCAAUGGGUUUGGAAAUAGUAUGUCUCUCUCUCCCCCCCCCCCUGUGUGUGUGUGUGUGUGUGUGAGAGAGAGAGAGAGAGAGAGAGAGAGAGAGAGAGAGAAAUGGAAACCUAUGUGGGUGUGGUAGGAGAGGAAUGGAAUGGAACAUACUGGAAAAGGGCAUGGCUGGCUGAAAUUCCACAUUUUGUUGUAGGUCCAACUUGUAUGCACUGUUUGGUGUUAACUGGAUUUAUAUAUAGAUGUGUGUCUAUGUAUAUGCAGAUAUACAGUGGUACCUCAGGUUACGUAUGCUUCAGGUUACAGACUCCGCUAACCCAGAAAUAGUACUUUGCUUCAGGAUGUGAACAGGAAUCAUGCUCCGGCGGUGCAGCAGCAGCAGGAAGCCCCAUUAGCUAAAGUGGUGCUUCAGGUUAAGAACAGUUUCAGGUUAAGAAUGGACCUCCAGAACGAAUUAAGUACUUAACCCGAGGUACCACUGUAUAUCUUGUCUGAAGCAAAUGUUCCUAGAAAUAAUCCUUGCAAACACUGAUGUGCUUUUGUAUCAGCAUUUGUAUGUUCCACAUCCCACAACAUUGAAAUGAAUCCAGCCUAAGACUGCAAUCCUAACUCUACUUUCCUGGAGGUAAAGGUAAAGGGACCCCUGAACAUUAGGUCCAGUUGUGACCGACUCUGGGGUUGCGGCGCUCAUCUCGCUUUAUUGGCCGAGGGAGCCGGCGUACAGCUUCCAGGUCAUGGGGCCAGCAUGACUAAGCCGCUUCUGGCAAACCAGAGUAGCACACGGAAACGCUGUUUACCUUCCCGCCGGAGCGGUACUAUUUAUCUACUUGCACUUUGACGUGCUUUCGAACUGCUAGGUUGGCAGGAGCAGGGACCGAGCAACGGGAGCUCAUCCCAUCACGGGGAUUCGAACCGCCGACCUUCUGAUCGGCAAGUCCUAGGCUUUGUGGUUUAACCCACAGUGCCACCUGCGUUCCACAGCACCACCCGCAUCCCUGGAGGUAAGACACUUUAAAUUCGACAGGAUCUCUGAAUAAACAUGGUUAAGAUUUCUUUGUAAAUUAGUUGAACUCAUAUCCUUCUGAGAUCAAUGGGGUGGGUGCAAGUUAGCAACUUAGUCAGGGUGCAAGUCCAUUAUGUACAGCUUUCAUGUUUUUGUUUUGAAAGCAGAACUUGGCAAAAAGACUUUAAAGUAUUUGGAUUGCUUUUUUGAGAGUGUUGGGUGGGAGAGGAGUGAGACUGAGUUUAAGCGUUUAGUAAGCAGAAGGAGUAGCAGCCAUGGAGCAGUCUUUCAAGAGCCAAAUGAAUUGCAACGUUGGGAGAUCUGUGGUUUGGAACUUGGGAUUUGAAAUUUUCCUCUUCCCUCCCUGUCCAUUUUACCUUGUGUGUCUUUUUUAUUAUUAUAAACCUGUGGGAAGGUACCAUCUAGGCUUAGUAGUAUAUAAGCCACACCAGGAACUUUUGUGGCUGAGUAGGGGGCAACAAAUGCUAAUGCAGCCCCAAGCAAAGAACUAGAAAAGACUACACAGGGGCAGGGUCUUUUGCGCUUUAUCCAAUUUAACUCCCCACCCCGCAAACUGCUUGUAGACAUGGGGCAGGGUGGUGGUGAAAGCAGGGUAGCUCAAAGAUAUUUUGCAGUAUUCUUUCUUCCUCUCAUUCUUCUCUCUCCCCCCCCCCCCGAACUAAUGGCAGUUUUGGAUUUAGAUUGGGGAAAGGGUAAUAAUAAUUAAGCACCACUUCCUCUCUCCUCAAAGAAGAAAUGAAAAUGCCAGAUAAACUGGGAGAUCUUUAUUACUGCCCUGAAUGUUGCAAUACAAAAAUCUCUGAGUUAGCCCACGUCCUUAGGCCUCCCAAGAAUGGAGUAACAGUCAGCACCUAGUUUUCGGGAGGGGGCCCCUUCUUAAAUGUGGCCAAGUUCCACAACUUGUUUCCAGGGCCCAUACCUUCAGCAUAAAGUCAGAACCCAUUGGGUUCAAUGGUAGGUGGGAUUGCCAAAGUCAUAUUUCCCAGAAUCCUGCCCUCUUUCCACUCCUUUUAAUUUUUUGCCACAUGUGUAAAGUUGAAUGCUUAAUGUGAGUAAAUUGUGGGUUUACUCAUAUUUUGCUGUUGGCAUCUAUCUGUUUAGAGAGGCAAUGUUACCUGCUUCUGGGGGUGAAGUCAACCCAGUAACAAUAAUUUUCACAAUAAAGUAAUCUGUGGACAGGUUCUUUACCCACAGACAUCAGUUCCUUCACUACUGUUUAUCCCCAUGUUCCUUGGCAGAAUUCAGAGUCUCCUGAAUUGGUUUAAAUCACAUCUGUAGCAGCUUUGGUUGCAGCAAGUAUGCCUGAAAUAUGAUAGCUGUAUGUUCUAAAGCAAGCAGUAGUGGAUUUGUGGCCCUCCAGAUGUUGUUGGCUUCCAACUCUUAUUGGUCUCAUCUGCCAUGACAGGAAUGGUGGGAGUUGUGGUCCUGCCGCAUCUAGAAACCCACAGAUUCCCCACCACUGUUUGAAAGGCCCAGAGAUCAGAUGGCAAGCUAACCCAAUGUUUAGAUUACUGCUGGAUCAGGCCAGUGGUCCUUCAAAUUCAGCACCCUGUUCUCACAAGUAGUCAGCCAGAUGCUUAUAGGAAGCCUGUACGGGGAAUCCAACACAGGGAUUUCCCAUGAAGGUUGGGUUUGGCUCAGGGGCUGUCAGCUGCUGACCUCCAGUUUAGACUUGAGUAAAAGCUGCUGGUUUCUAUUCAAGGAAUCCUUCUGGGGAGACCUCAGUAAAGUCUGUUGGGCAGUGAGUCCUCUCCCUGUGGCCACUUGGCAUGCCCCUUAAUGUCAACACCUAGCAAUUUUUAGUGGGGCAGCUAUGCUCUCUGUUCCAGCAAAACCAGAAAACGCUCUUGUGACAUCUUAAUGAGACACUGUGGACAAGAGCCUGCUUUGUCAAAUGCAUGGUAGAAUCCAUAGGAUUUCUGCAGUUAACAAGUUUCGUUUGCCUGGUUUUGGCAGUUGCAAGCAUCAGAAGGUGGAAGGAGCCCAUAAUCUCCUUUCCCCAUUCCCCAUAAAACUUUCAUGCACAGGUAACUGCUGUCAAGUACCAUUCUGUUCUCUGUCUGUCUGAGAGCCGCCGAUUGUGGAUGUUGCUCCGUUUUGACUUUUACAGCCUUUUCUUGAAAUCCUAACAAAUGUACUGUGAAUCUUACCACCUGACGCCGUGCAAAAGAAUAAUGUGCUUUUUUGUGUGUGAGUGUGUGUUCUAUGCGCCCACUGAACGCAGAUGAGCAUUGCUCUCUGGGCUUUCUAAGUGGCAUGUCUUGUAUCUGGAGUGGUGUGACCUACUUUAAAAAAAAAAGUCUUUGCUUCCCGGCAAGGGCUAAUCCAAUCAGACUAAGCAAACAGGACAUUAAACAUCACUGCUAAACAUUAGCCGAAACAUUUUAUUGUUAGGAGCCCUGCCUCGCAAGCACAUUUGCCAAGUCAAAGAAGUGUUUGUUUUCAUGCCAUCAGGGGAAAGGUUUGAUGUUGUCAGAACAAACAGCAUAAUCAACUUCCUUUUGGAACAAAUUAUAAUUGGCUGCAUCCGAUCCUACUCAGAGUAGACCCAUUUAAAAUUAGUACACAUGGCUUUACUGAGGCCCACAAAUUUCAGUGUGCAUCUGUUCUGAGUAGAAGUCAGUUGUGUACAACCAUACUGUACUUGAUCUUUACAGCAUAUAUCCCAGUAUAUAAUGCAGUAUAAUGUUUUCCUAAACAAAUGAUAUUUUAUCCUUUUGGAGCAAGAGGGGAUGAAAUGGUGGAUAAAAAAGUGGCCUGGCUGGCAUUGUGAGCAAAAAACGAGACUGAAGAGCUUUUCAGUAAUUGUAUGACCCCUUGUUUGAUGAGAGAGGCUGUGUGUGACUGUGUGUGUUGGCAAAUUGGGAAUGUAAAAAACCUGCCUGGGAACACUGAAUGAUCUGAGGACACCAGAUGCAGCAGGAUUGCUGAGGCUAUGUGAGCCUGGAUCUCAUUAUUUAGAUGACUUUAUAAUGGGGAUGGAUUGGGUGUAUUUCUAGGUCUGUGUCAGUUUCACAUAUGUUCAAACAAAAGUCUGUUCUAUCUCAUUUUCUGCAUUGUUUUUAAUAACACACACAUGGCAUUUGAAGUGUGUGCAUUCCCCCCAGUAUACUUCCUAAAAUACUCCCCUUAAAAAGUAUGCAUUUUUUAGUGCCAACAACCGGUUUGCAAAAUUCAUAGAGAUGAACACAGUCCAUGGGAUAACUGUGUUAAUAUGGGAAGUGUGAAUUAGGCUGGUUGGUUUAAAAAUGAUCUGAAUGAACUUUUCAGUAGCUUUGCAUUUAAAGGGGAGUAGAAUAAUCAGUGGACGUGAGGUUUGUCAAUGGCUUGUGAUACCUAAACAGAGUGGCUGUACUGAGGAAGAAUACCGGUGAAUAUCAGAUGCUGAGGACAAACAACAGGGGAGGAGGGGGCUGGUUUACUUCAUACACUGCUUGUGGGUUUCUUAGAGCAGGGCUUCCAAAACUGUGGUCUGCAGGCCACCACUGGUGCACAAGUAUCUUUCAGGUGGUUUGCAAUGUGCCAGUGAAGAACAGUGGGAACAGCAGCUGUUAACGCCAGGUGCAAUGCAUUAACUAUUCAUACUGAUUUUUAAAUGCAUUUUCUAGUGCGUCUUUUAUCUCUUAAAUUGUAUUGUAUUAUUUAUUAUGGCAUUUUAUAUUGUAGCCAAUGGGAUUCAAAUACAAUCAAAUACAAUACUCCCAAAAAACAAUAAAGCAAUAAAAAUACAAUUAAAAAUCAUAUAGCACAACUGCUACAAGAGGGAGAAAAGUCAUGAUUUGGCCUGCAUUUGAAAUAUGGCACUGCAUGCUACAGGCUCAGAGUCCAGACAACAAGCCAAACCAUUAUUCCUCAUGAUUAUGUACUAAUUUUAGUUUCAUUUUUUUAAUGGUGAGCUGUCUAGGGGAUUUUCCGGUUCUGGAAUAAAGGCCACGCAGAAUGCAUAUAGCGGGUUGCAUGUCUUGGGCGUAGCAACUCAGUGCAGAUUGAGAGGUGAUGUUGUGGUUGUGGUGUCAGGCUAGAACUGAGGAGACACGGGUUCAAAUUCCCACUCAGCCAUGAAGCUUAUUGUGUGAGCUUGGACUAAUCACUUGUUCUCAUCCUAACCUACUUUGCAGGUUUGUUGUGAAGAUAACGUUGGGGAGGGGAACUGUGUAUAUCUCCUUAUUAGAGGAUUUUUUUGGGGGGGGAGGGUUAAAAUAAAAAUUAUGGUACAAAAAUCUGGAUUGAUUUAUUCAAUCAAUCAAUCAAUCAUAAAUAAAUACAGUGUGCAAUCUAAAAACAGAGCAAUAUCAUUAAAAAGUACAAAAGAAUCUUGAAAUGCUGUAAAGAAGCAAUUUAAAAAUUCAUUAAAGGGUAAAAAAAAUGUAGCCAGGGAACUCUUGUUUUUGGUAUAUGUAUCUAGAUACUUUUCCUUCAUGGGAUUUUGAACGAAUCUAGUGUUUCAAAAUAUAUUUUAAUGCCCCCCCCUUUUGUUGUCCCCCCCCCAGCAAGGGAUGAUUUUAUUUUAUUUUUAAGUUAACUUAAUAAAAUGUAUAGGCUGCUUUCAAAGUGGAAUACAGUGGUACCUCUGGAUACGAAUGUGAUCCGUUCCGGAGCCCUGUUCGCAUCUAGAAGCAAACGUAACUAGCGACGGCAUGCCUGCGCACGCGCACGUCGCUUUUCGCCGCUUCUGCGCAUGCGCGUGGCAUCAUUUUGAGUGUCUGCGCAUGCGGCGAAAGCCGGAAGUAACGUGUUCCGUUACUUCCGGGUUGCCGCAGAGCGCAACUUGAACGAGCUCAACCAGAAGCGCAUUCAACCCGAGGUAUGACUGUACAGUUAUAAUUAAAAAAGAGCAAAAUGAUCAAGAAUGAAAAGGAGAGAACAAUCAACAGUCAAGCCAAGUAAAAAGUUGGCCUUUUGUCAACGGGGUACCAAAAUCAAUCCAGAUGGAAGGACAGUUUAAAUAAUGCAGUGUUUGCUAACUUUUGAAAGCAUAGGCCGUGGCGGGGGGGGGGGGGAGAUGAGGAACCUGCGACCCUCCUGAUGUUUCCGGACUCCAGCUCCUAUCAACCUUAGGAUGCUUCCUACAGGUUUUCUGCAGUUAAAAUAAGUUAAAGCACUGGACUUUUCCUGUGGUCAGGAAAGUGAUGGUGAAAUGGCACCAGAAAGUGUGGGACAAAUGUAGCACAUUGCACAAGCAAUUCAGAACGGAUGUUCACUAUUGUAUAACCUCCCUGCAAACAAAUCAGAACGAAUGCUCAAUAAAGCCCCAGCCAUAGUCUAACCUUUGUGUAAACUUCAUGCAAGCAAAUCAUGAUGAAUAAACAGAUCUUCUAGCGGAGCCCUUAGAUGACCUAGCCCAUUGCCAGGGAUGGUGGUAGUUACAGCAGCAUUUCCAGGGCUGUGAUUUUCGCAGUGCUGGGCUAGACAGGCAGGACUUCUCCUCUGUGACUUAUGAUUGGAAAAAAAUAAAGAUUGACUGACUGACUUACUGUCAGGUCUCGGGGGGGGGGGACUUCCUGAGUCUUUGAACCACAACUGCAAAGGAUUUGCCUCUUGCACCCACCAACAGAGAAUGGGAGCAGAGCCUCCCUGGCAUAGCUGCCAAUGUUUUCCUUUUUCAGAGGGAAAUUCCCUUAUUCCGAAUAGGAUUCCUCGCAAGAAAAGGGAAAAUUUGACAGCUAUGCUCCCUGGCAUAUCUCAAAGGGAAAGCAGGAUCCUGCCUUCAUAAUAUUGAUGAUUAGCAUUUAUAUAGCACUUUACAUUCAUCAAAGCACCUUGUACCCAUUAUCUCAGGAGCCCUUGCAACAACCUUGUAAAAUAGGUCAGUAAUUCGUAUCCCUCUAUUUCAGAAGUGUGUGGGUGGAUGAUGGGGGCAGGGUGCUGAGGCUCGGCAAAGGUGGCUUGCAUAAGGCCAUUUAGCGAGCUCAUGGCAGAGGUAAUUUGGUGCAGCAAAGGGGAAGUAUUUUUUUGCAGCUGGUACACACAGGUAUGCAUGAUGAUGUGUUUGGGGGGGGGGAAUUCACCUAUUAUGCAAAGGGAUGCAAAUGAGGAAAAAGGGAAAGGGAGCACACUUUUUAAAAUAAAAAAAAAAGUCUCUGAUCAGCUGCUGAUGCAGACUUCUGAAGAGUAUGAGAGAUUAUGACAGGUCCCUUGGGGACAGCUGAGACAAAGUGGAAAAUCCGGAGUCAGCACACAGCCUUUGUAGCAGAUGUGGUGUUGCCUGGCGAUGUGCCCUGACAUGCAGUCUCUGUUCUGUAAUGGCAGCUAUUGAUAAACAUUCAUUAUUUUGUGUGUAUGUGUAUCAGUAAAGGUAUCGCUGAGCUGGUUCAUUCGUUAGGGACAGACUACAUCUGAGAAAAACAAAAACACCCUGCCCUACUUUCCCAUCAGAGAGGUCAGAUUGCUGAGGCCAUGGAAAAGGCCCCCGGCAGCAAAAGGUUGGAAGCAAAAUAACCAGUGCAUGGGGAGUUGGGUUUGCAAGCUCUGUGACUCAGAAAUCAGGUAAGUUGGCUGUAGAAGGCCUCAGAAUUGGGACGAGGUUGCUGGAUAGGUAGCUUGCAGGCAUCAGGAUUCUGACAUCUCUGAUGAAAAGGGUCUCUGGUCUCAGAUCUAGGAAUGAGUUACUGCCUGAGCUUUUGAAAAACAGGUAAGUCACUGUCGGUAAUAUAGUGGUACCUCGGGUUAAGAACUUAAUUCGUUCCGGAGGUCCGUUCUUAACCUGAAACUGUUCUUAACCUGAGGUACCACUUUAGCUAAUGGGGCCUCCCGCUGCUGCCGUGCUGCCGGAGCACGAUUUCUGUUCUCAUCCUGAAACAAAGUUCUUAACCCGAGGUACUAUUUCUGGGUUAGCGGAGUCUGUAACCUGAAGCAUAUGUAACCUGAAGCGUCGGUAACCCGAGGUACCACUGUACUCUGCUAAAUGGAUCAAUGGUCUGACUCAAUGUACAGCAAUGACUUGCCUGCUGCCACGUGGCUGCAGACUAUCAACAUGGGCCGUACCUCAGUGGCAGAAUGUGUCUUGCGUGCAGGAGGUCCUGGGUCCCUAUUAUCUCCAGAUUGGGUUGGGAAUGUCCCCUGUUUGAAACCCUGGAGAGCCUCUGCCGGUCAGGGUGGAUAAUACUGAGCUAGAUGAGCCAAUGGUCUGACUCAGGAUAGAACAGCUUCCUAUGUUCUUAGGGCUGCUUAGUCUCAUCUAGAAUCUGUGCACCCAGUAGGGGAGCCUUCCCAAAGUAAUCCCACUUGAGUUAGACAUGCGGGGGGGGGGGGAUGUUGGUGCUUUUGUGACAAUGUACAUGGAAUUCUGCUAAUUGUCUCCCUCUCUGCUCCCCGAAAUGUUCAGCUGCUGCUUUAAGAGGCUUUUUCCGGCAUGACUCUGUGCCGGGGCUAUUGCCGGGGUUGAUCUCUGGUGCGCAAUGCGUCCUGCUGCCUUGUAAGCCUUGUUAAUAUUUUAUCAUUUUGAUACACGGGGAAUUAAUUACUGUCAACAGAGCAGAUUUUAAUCUAAUCAGCUAUUCCAUACACCGCAUCGGGUUGCAGACAUCAAAGCCAGCAUCAAAGUGUUGGGAAUGAAAGUGCUCUGUGAGCUUUCCAAGCAAGAAGCAGCUUAAUGCACAAGGGUGCCCUGCGCAGAUACUAUCCUUGGGCGUGCCCUCCUUCUUCUAUAUGUUCUUCCCCAGGUAGUGGAUCUUUUGAGACGUUACCAGUGCUAAAACAUACAAUGGUGCCUGGAAGGGUUGGCAGUUUCCCAGGAAAAGAAAUUGGCACAAGACAUUAAAUCAGUAAACAAGUACCAGUUUCAACCUGACUUCAUUUUUUUUCUGAACUUGAUUUUUAGCAGAUUGAAAAACUUUUUUUGCAUGCAUGCAGCCAUUCAAGAAGGAAGCAUACAUGGCUGGAUCAAAGCGCUGGUGUUGGUUAGUUCAAAAAGUUGGGUGCAAAAAGAUAGGCAAAGCAGUAAAUCCCAGCUGUUUCCGCUGCCCACCCCUGAGACCUUCUGAUAACACCAGCCGUUGACCAUGCACAUUGAUCAAUUUCAGGUUCUUGCCAUAGGGACAGAUGCCUUAGUUACAACUGGAUUACUACAACAUGGUUUAUGCCUAUAUAAAGAUACUGUGUUGUAGGUUUACCGAGGGUGCAAUGAGAUUAAGGGCCACUAUCUGAAUGAUAAUCUCCAUCAUUUGAUUGUCCUUUUUACCCAUUGUUGUCUUUUUAAUUGUAUAUAUUGCUUGUUUUAUGUUGCUUUGGCCGUUGGCUAUUGUGAAUAAAGUUUAUCUAUCUAUCUAUCUAACAUGGUUUAUGUGGGGCUGACUUUGAGGGGAAAAUGUAGGGAGCAUAUUGUUGCACCCCACUCCAGUCUCCAAGAUUCCAGAAAUCAAGCAUGGCUUUGCCUCACAGGAUUCUGCCUGCAGCCAGCUUCUAGCUCUCUCACACAUUUCAAAUCUGACCCUUAUCCUUCUCACUAAUAGCCAGGUGCCCCAUACUUAGAGGGCUAUUAGCUCAACAAGGGGCUAACCUGGCUAAUCCAACCAUCGAAUCCUUGCUGGAUCCAGGAAUUAGAAGGGACUCAGGCAUACAGCCUAACCUAACCCCUCAAUCUCCACGACCCACAACGUUAGGAUUCUUGGGUUACAAUAGCUAAUACUGGCUGCCAGUCUGUUUGGGCACAAUUCUGAGUGCUGACUCACCAUACUCGUGCCUUCCCUCAUAGUUGUGUGCAGCUGCACAUGUCUUUCCAAAAUGUGCAGAUAAUAACAGCCGCAACCCACACCUGCAGACACUCACCUGGCCGUGUGGAGUUGAAUGUACUGAUUUUGGGAGAAAUGAGUUGCUUAAUUUCGGUGUAUUUGUAGGCCAGUGCUUUCCCCCCUCUAAAAGGUGUGCAUAAGAGUAUCAAGGGACUUGCAGAGAAAAUGAAUUUAGAUCACUGCUUGACGUAUUGCUGUGUUUUUAUUAUGUUGGAAUCUGCUCAGAGACACUGGGAGCUGGAUGGUGGAUAGCCCUCUAGGCUGUUCUGGGCUUCUUUCUCCUCCCCUCAGAGCGUGAUGAUCUUUUGGUAGCCCUGUGGAGGCAGGUGGAUCAGGUGACACUUUGAUUUCCUUCAGACCUUUUGCUGCAUUUUGUGACCAUGGUCACUUAUGAGUGCUGUGUUGCCAUUGUUUGGCUUUUAGCACAGAAAAUUGAUUGAAUUGGAACAACUGGUUCGGGCCAGAUGGUCUGAAGGACUAUUUGUAUCCAUACAACCCUACCCAAACCUUAAAAUUGACCUUCCAAGGCCUGCUUCUGGGCCUGCCAUCAGUAUCAGUUAGAUUGGUGGGUGCUAGAGAGCAGGACUGCCUUUGUGUUGGCCCCAUAUUUGUGGACCUCCCUAUGUUUGUCCCUAUCUGCAUUGGCUUUUAAAUGCACUUUGAAAAGCCAUUUAUUUAUAGUUGCUUUUAGAUGAAAGAUUGUGAUGACUUUUAUUAUUUGCAUUAUGUGUUUUACACUGUUUAAACUGGUUUGAGAUGAGUGUGCUGGGCUGUGAAAUUUUUUUUAGACUACUGUUUCAGCACUCCUGCUUUGUUGGAAUGAAAUGCUUUAGUUUCUAUAUUUUAUUUAAGUAUGUAAUCUGCCUUUGGAGGGCUUUGCUCUGGAAAGGCGGCAUAUUAAUAUUUGAAACAAAGAAAGAAUCUAGUUGCGCUUGAGUCCAUGCACAGUUUGCUUGUUUAUUUAAAAAAACUCUGUAAACACCAAACUCUGCAUUGUCAGCUAAACCAGAAUCUUGUGAGGCUACUUUACCAGAGGAGAUGUAGCAAGUCUUGCAGAUGCUACUAGCCAAGCCUUGGGAAGGGCACAAGCCCUUUCGGUUGCCUUAUGCCGUAUGGUUUCUUGUGGUGGUGAAGCAGACAGGAAAAGCAAAGGAGUGGACCAUGAUGAUAUCUGCCAGAAUGCCAUGCUAAUUGGCAGACUCUCCUUGCGUUGGCAGAUAAAGGUGGCGAUAAAGAGGCUUUCAAGUUUCAUUGUUCUUUGUGGAAGAUUAGCAUAGAGGAAGUGAGGAAAUGAAGAAAAUCAAGUAGGACAAGGAUGGGAAACCUUGGGCAGGGGACACAUGCAGACCCUCCAAGUGUCCCUAUUUUCCAGGGACAGUCUCAGAUUUACAGAAGCCGUCCCGGUUUCUGAUAUGAUCCCAGAAUGUCCCCUUUUUCUUUAGGACGUACCUAUUUUCACUGGGAAAAUGUUGGAGCGGAUGAAGUUAUGUGACCCCUGAGUCAAGGAGAUAAGUAUAGAACAUAUAGAAGGCAUCUGAAGGCAGCCCUGUAUAGGGAAGUUUUUAAUAAACUUUUAUUAUGUUUUUAUAUAUGUAUGUUGGAAGCCACCCAGAGUGGCUGGUGCAAAUUCAGUAAGAUGGGUGGGAUAUAAACAAUAAAAUCGUUGUGGUUGUUGUUUAAUAGGAUAUCCCUAUUUUCAUCGGAGAAACAAUUUGGCCCUCUAUAUCUCUUUAUUCUGGUCUUUGGAGCUAACCCUAAGCCGCACAGCCUCUUUACAUUUUAUAUGCUUCUCCCCUCCCCUGCUCCCCAUGGUACAAUGUACAGUGGUACCUCUGGUUACGUACUUAAUUCGUUCCAGAGGUCCGUUCUUAACCUGAAACAGUUCUUAACCUGAUGCACCACUUUAGCCAAUGGUGCCUCCCGCUGCUGCAGCGCUGCUGGAGCACGAUUUCUGUUCUCAUCCUGAAGCAAAGUUCUUAACCCGAGGUACUAUUUCUGGGUUAGCGGAGUCUGUAACCUGAAGCGUCUGUAACCUGAAGCGUAUGUAACCUGAGGUACCACUGUAUUUGCAUUUAUGUUUUUUAAUGCAAAUUGCUUAGAAACCUUUUAGGUAACAAGUCACUAAUACAUUAAAUAACUAGCUAACUAUCUAAAACAGAGGGUGUGUGUGUGUGGAAACUAGUGUACGAAUGUGAAAUUUUCUUUUAUUGGUUCACCCACUUUUGUCUCUGGCCCCCACCUACCUACCGCUGGUAUAUGGUCCUUGGAAGGUUGUCAAGGCGGGAAUGAGGCCCUUGGGCUGAAAAGAGUUCCCUGCCCAUUAAGCAGAGAGAGGCUGAAUAGCCUCUUUCCUUUGAUAAGUUUCUCACAUUAUGCUAACUGCUACGGUAGCAGCACAUCUUUACCAUAUGCUUUACAUUUCUGAUUAUAAAAGCUAAAGGUUGCAUUUCAUCUGGCUGAAUCCUUUUGUUAAAGCUGGACCUUUGCGGUAAUUGCCACUGAGUUUAGUGGAGGUACAAUGCAUAGGAUUACAGCCAUAGUUGUCUUAAUAAAUUGGUUCGUAUGUUAUGCAUGUACUCUGUUCUUGGGGGUGUGUGUGUAUAUAUAUACUAUAUAAUAACUGGACCAAUCGGUGAAUUUCGCUUCUCAUUUUUUCUCAUUCUUAAAUUCAGUUCACCCCAUUUCCACAUCAGUUUUUUAAAAAAAGAAAUACCUCACAAAAAUUUGUAUGCAUAUUCCACAUGUAUUCCUGCUAAUAUACACAUUUUCGCAUGUAAUUUUACCUUAUACAGUGGUACCUUGGGUUACAUACGCUUCAGGUUACAUACGCUUCAGGUUACAGACUCCACUAACCCAGAAAUAAUAUCUCGGGUUAAGAACUUUGCUUCAGGAUGAGAACAGAAAUCGUGCUCUGGUGGCACGGCAGCAGCGGGAGGCCCCAUUAGCUAAAGUGGUGCUUCAGGUUAAGAACAGUUUCAGGUUAAGAACGGACCUCCAGAACGAAUUAAGUACUUAACCUGAGGUACCACUGUAUACUAUAUACAUUUUUGCAAGUAAUUUUCCCUAAUAUGCAUUCCUGGGAAAGGCCCUUUACGGUGAUCACUCCUUGUGUAUGGAACUACCAAUCUAUUAUAGUUUUAGGCAGUUAAAUAAGAUGUGUCCUUUUCAGUGGUAAGUUGGAGGAAGAAAGACCUGAUUCCUACGGCUCUUUUUAUUUGUAAUUGUUAUGUGACUUGUUCUGUCACAUAUUGUGCAAUAUUUUGUGGAUUUAUUUUUUACGUAUUUGCCUAGUAAACCACCCUGUGGCUUGUGCAGAGGGGUGUGUGUGUGUGUGUGUGUGUGUGUCCAGAGUAAGUUUGCACAAAGUACUGUUUGAUGCUUCUCUUCUAUAAUAUAAUGCAUUUUGUAUGUUUUCACUAACAUAUCAAGGUAAAGGGACCCCUGACCAUUAGGUCCAGUCGUGGCUGACUCUGGGGUUGCGGCGCUCAUCUCGCUUUAUUGGCCAAGGGAGCCGGCGUACAGCUUCCAGGUCAUGUGGCCAGCAUGACUAAGCCACUUCUGGUGAACCAGAGCAGCGCACAGAAACGCCGUUUACCUUCCCGCCAGAGCGGUACCUAUUUAUCUAUUUGCACUUUGACGUGCUUUUGAACUGCUAGGUGGGCAGGAGCAGGGACCGAGCAACGGGAGCUCACCCCGUCACGGGGAUGCGAACCGCAGACUUUCUGAUCCGCAAGCCCUAGGCUCUGUGGUUUAACCCACAGCACCACCCGCGUCCCUUUUAUAUGUACACAUAAAAGGCAUUUUGUAUGUUAUUUUUAUUAUUUAUUAUAUUUGUUGGAUGCUUCCUCCCCCCCCCCGAAUGACCCAGAGUGACUUACAUUAAAACUAAUUGAGAACAAUCAAUAGAAAUCUAAAAACACAGCUAGACGUAUAAAAGGCAAAACUUGCAGAUCCCAGCUCAAUGCCAAAAGUGCCAAAAAACCUGGGCAAAGAGAAGAGUCUUUCUCUAGUGCCUAAAAACAGAUGAAGAUGGUGUCAGGAAUCCCCGUGCCACUGGUCAUGUGAAAAGUAGUCUCCCUCACAUCCUUGAAAUAAAUUAUGAAGGAGGCAACUCCUGUGGCUUCAGGGUUUGAUGCUGUUCCAUAGUCCCAGAGAAGGACCUGUAGGGAAGGUGGCAGGAAUCUUUCCUGUUCAUUCUUUUUUUCUUUUCUUUUUGAAGUAUCUUCCUAGCAUAGGUGGAAGAAAGGCAGGCAUAUGGAGUACUUCUGUCUGUAGUUUACCUUGCUUAGCAACAGGGAAUGGAGCAAAAAGGUCUGGUGGGAUGAAUUAUUUGCGGCACUUACUUUGGCAGCCAGUUUGUGUAUUUGUGGUUUUCUGAGAAGAUGGAGGAGGUGAGAAUUUAAUUAGCACUGGGCUCUUAAAAACAAAGGCCUCCUGUCCCAGUCUAAUUGGGCUUUCUCAUCAAUAAAGGGUGCAAAGCUGGAGCCAAGUGCAGUCACAACCAGCCUCAAAAAGGUACAGCGUUCAUGUUCAUUUGUUUUGGUGGCAGGUGUAUGUGACUGUACAUAUAUGUGCAUCUUUGCAAGGAAGUGCAUCAGCCAGGCCUCUUUCACUAAUGUAUAUAUUUAUAUGCACCCUUUCUCUUUAUACACUUUUUAAUUUUAUUUUUUUUGGGUUGGAGAACUGCGUUGUAAUAGAGAAGUGUGGCUUUUGAAGGUUAGCUGUCUUGGUUCAUUUAUUGUUUUGGAAAAUGCCAACCAUUAAAAUGAGAGUUGGAUUUCUCCCCAACCCUUAAUCCGAAUUUCUGUCCAACCUGUAGUAAACAGUGAUUUAUUGGCUUAAGAUCGUGACAUUUGAAACAUGCCUCAUUCUUUUUAUUUUUAAUACACAAAAUUCAUUACGUAUUUAUUACAGAUUAUUUACAUCUGUGGCCUAUACCAUCCCAAGUGUUCAGGCCUCUAUGGUCUGUGCCUCACUGGGAUCUUUUGCACGACUGUCUUGUUGAAAUGGGUGCUGGGUUGUUGCAGGAUUCUCUUUGGUGAGACUCUUAACUUCUAUUAUCUUAAAAACAAACAUGCAAAGCAGUUAUUUGCAAUCAUUAAAGGUGCAAAGAUGGGUUUAAAACUGUGUGGUUAAAUGUGCUUGUGGUGCAAUUGGUUUCACUUCGGUUUGUGUUUGAAGGACUAGUCUCCUUUAAUAUUUGCAUACUGGAGGGAGAGAUCCGUCUUGGCUGUGAACCAGAGGUAGAUAAAAGAGGCAGGGCCUUUUCCCCUGUGCAGUUUGCUGUGAGAGAAACGCCGAAUGCUUGUUCUUCCAGGUAAGGGAAGUGAAAUGUAACAGGUCUUCCAAGCAGAGCUUGUUUUUGUGGGCUCAUUAUCAGCUGAAAAAGAUUUAAGUCUGUUCCUUGACCAUAUCACUUGAGACUGCAAGUUUGGGACUCACAUCUUGCAGUGCUUCUCCAUACAAAGAUAAAAAUUUAAAAUCUCUGUGCAUGAGGAAGUAGUGUGUUGAGGAGAAGGCCAAGGCUAGAAUAUUUUUUGGUCUCAUUUUUACGUGUGGGGAUUUUGCUGUUGUUUUAUUUGGCCUGGGGAACUCCGACCUUCCAUCUAUGAAGUGGUGCAGUCCAUAAACCACUUCACUGCCUGUGUCUUAGAUGUAAGUCUCACAUUGGCCUUGGCCAACCUGGUGCCUUACAGAUGUUUCAGCCCCAGCCAGUUGGCUGUGGUUGAUGGGAGAUAUAGUCCAAAACAUCUAGAGGGGGGCAGGUUGUGCAAGGCUGCGUUACUGCUUAUGCCCCCUUCCUCCCACCAAUAGAAGAAGAUUUAAGAAAGCCUUUCCUUUCCUUUUCCUUUCUUUUUUGAAGGCUUGAAUAGGAAAUUUGGAAAUUAAGGGGAAAUGGCUGUAGCUUGAUGGUGGAGCACAGCUAUGCAUGCAUGAAGCCUCCGGUUCAUAGCUGUCAACUUUCAGAUUUGAAAAUAAGGGAUCAGCAGCCUCGAAAAUGGGACUGCACCACUUCAUAGAUUGAAGGUCGGACACGGGUGGCGGAUUGAGGGACGCGGGUGGUGCUGUGGGUUAAACCACAGAGCCUAGGAAUCCCCGUCGAAUCCCCGCGACGGGGUGAGCUCCCUUUGCUCAGUCCCUGCUCCUGCCAACCCUAGCAGUUUGAAAGCACGUCAAGUGCAAGUAGAUAAAUAGGUACUGCUCCAGCGGGAAGGUAAACGGUGUUUCUGUGCGCUGCUCUGGUUCUCCAGAAGCAGCUUAGUCAUGCUGGCCACAUGACCCGGAAGCUGUACGCCAGCUCCCUCGGCCAUUAAAGCGAGAUGAGCGCUGCAAUCCCAGAGUCGUCCAUGACUGGACCUAAUGGUCAGGGGUCCCUUUACCUUUACCUUUAGCCUCGAAAAUAAGGGAUCAGCAGCCUCACCUGUCCCGGGGACAGUCUACGGGAUAUCUAACAAUCCGGGAUAGCAGCGGUAAGCAGUGGGAAACGGCGCUGGAAUAAGGGAAUUUCCUGCCAAAAAAGGGAAGGUUGACAGCUAUGCUCAGGUUCAAUCCCUGGCAUAUCCAAGAAGACUGGGAAAGACCUCAUUUCUGAAACCCUGGGAAGCUGCUGCCAGCCUUAUGCUCUUCCAUCCACUGUCUUGUAAUUAGAGCCACAAAAAGCAAUUAGCCUGAAAAAAAUUCUACUAGCCUGCUGAGACUGGCAGAGGAGGGACAGAGAGAUCCAUCCCACUUGCAACAAACAGCCUGCUGUGUUUGUCAUGGUUCCCUCUGAGCACCCUGAUUCAGAGAGGAGUGGGAGGUACUUGAAGACAACAACUUGGAAUGGGAAGGAGGGGGAGGGGUUGAGACGGCACAGCAGAGACCUCUUAACGAAUUUCUCCCUCUGUCCCUGGAAAUGCAUGGAAAGAAAUCUUUAAUAAGAAUUAUUAUUAUUAUUAUUAUUAUUAUUAUUAAAAAAGGUGGGAAAUGGGGAUAAGAGGGGGAAUAAGGAUUGUGAGGGUUCAGUGGUAGAACACACACUUUGCAGUUCCACCACUGCAGUUCCAGUUUAAAACCCCGGCUAGGCUGUGAGAGAGACCCCGGACUAAAAUGCUGGAGACCCAUUGUCAGUCAGUGUAGGCCAUACCGAACUAGGUCACUGAGCUUCAGUAGGUGGGUUGUGGAUACCCUAUUGUAGUGUUUCUCAGACUUUGGCCCCCCCAGCUGUUGUUUUACUACAACUCCCAUCAUCCCUAGCUAGCAGGACCAGUGGUCGGGGAUGAUGGGAGUUGUAGUCCAACAACGACUGGGGACUCAGGUUUGAGAAACACUGUGGUCAUAGUUGAAUUCUAAGGUGCGUUGUUGCGGCAGCAGCAUUUCCACCAUGUAAAUAUAUGGUCAAACAAACAAACAAACAAACAAGAAAGUUGUCCCUCAGUGCAUGUUUGGGUUAAAGGGCAUGGCUGAAGACUGCUCAGCUAGGUGGAUUCAUGGUAAGUAGAAGGCAACUUCCUAUAUUCCUGUAUGGCCUUCCGUGCAUAUGUGACAUGAGGAAUGUCUACUUCCCAAGAGUUACUUAUUUUCUUGGUGGAGAAGAGUAUCUGCACACAGCUGCAAAGUGGGAUAUGAGCAUAGUGAGUCAUUGACCCUCACCAGAGCAAGUGAAUGAAUCCCGGAAGCUUCCUGCACUGUUGGUUGUGCAAUAGACCUGAAGGAUGGGAAGUGGCUUCCUCAAAAACCAAAGCAGAGAUGACAGGGUUAUGAAACUAGUUGUAAGAGCAAGCUUCAUCCCUGAGCCAGCUGGUUGCAGGUGUGGGUCUGUCGAAUUGGCAUGCCUCUGCAUGGGAGUGCCCCGACACUGUACAGUUGGAGGGUUGCCAAAGCUUAAUGUUGCUGUUGGUGUAUGUAUGUUUUGUAUAUGUGUGUUUGUGCAGCGCUUUUUACGAUGGUGUUCUCAGUUAUGGAGUACUGUGACCUGUUUUUACCACCUGUGGCAGACAUUUUGUACUGGCACCCAUGGCACAUUCAUCAAGAUCUGAAUACCUGGCAUGUGUGAGUGUGUAUAUGUGUUGUUGUUGUACCCCUGCCCAUCUGGCUGGCUUUCCCCAGCCACUCUGGGUGGCUUCCAGCACAUUAAAAAUGGUAAAACAUUAGGCAUUAAAAAUUUCCCGAUACAGAUGUCUUCUAAAAGCUCACUCAACCACUUUGAUCUGCAGAAGUGUCACUUGUACAGGUACCACAUAAUGCUCAUUCCCAGUGCUAUUUUUCUAGAAAAAGGAGGUGCUGGAAUUCACCAUGAACACCUCCCUUGUUCGGGAGUUGCACCCACCUGGGAGGUGCCGGAACUGAGUUCUGGUGAGUUCCAGCUAGGAAAAAAGGCUCGCUCACUCCACAUUUGUAAGACAUUGAUAUUUUAGUGUGGUAGCACCCACACUUUGAAACUCCCUGCUUAUUGACAUCAGGCAGGUACCUUCCCCUUCAUUAUUUUUUAAGCCUGUUAAAACACAUUUCUGCUUAGACAACGCUACCCAGAUGGGUGGAAUGUCAACAUGCAAUGUAAACUUAUAAUUGACUUAAUUAUUUUUGAAUGCUUUGAUUUUUUGUAAACUGCUUUGAGGUUUUAUUACAAUUAAGUGGUAUAUAAGUAUUGGGAAAUAAAUUAUCUCUCUCUCUCGCUCUAGAAAUAAUUUAUUUAUUUCCCAAUACUUUCACACACACACACACACACACACACACACACAGAGUAUAAUGCAUUUAUGUUUUUAAAUACAUUGUAAACCACUUAGACACCUUUGGGCAACAAGUGACUACCAAGCAUAGCUGUCAACUUUCCCCCUUUUUUAAGGGAAAUUCCCUUAUUCCGAAUAGGAUUCCUCGCAAGCAAAGGGAAAAGUUGACAGCUAUGCUACCAAGUCAAAUAAAUAGUGUUCUGGGUUUGCAGGGGCCAAGGAUCCCUUAAAAUUCCUGGGUGCGAGUUUCUGCCCAUAUUUUCUGAAAUUAGUAAAUAUGGGGUUUGAAGUCAAGCCAGCUUCCUCAGGAGCUAGGCUUCUCUGGCUUGACUUCCUUAGAGGGGAGAUAGCGGAGUCAUUAUCCUGCCAAAAGGUGAGGCAUUCAGCAUCGGACAAGAAAGGGGGAGGCUGCCAGAAUUAGUACAGGGGCAAGAUGUCAUCACAGUAAAAAAAAAAAAAAAAGUGAUUUUUGCAGGAGGCUUUUUAAAUGAGGUUGCGAGGGAUGCUGGAAGCGGAAGGGGAAGAGUUGUUUUCUGCAAAGGCUGUUGGGAAGAAGCAGCCGGAAGUGGGCAGAACUCCAUGCAUGCUGGCUGGAAGAGGCUGUUCUGAGAGCCUGGGGGCCGUGGCUGGCUGCUGUUUUGGACCCAAGCUUGUUGAAGCCACGAGAGGAGCAACAAGAGACACUCUUGGGGUGUCAUGUUCUAUGCCCCCUCUGUGGGGGCAAACCACCAUGUGUGUGAGCAAACCACGUUUCUAAGACACAGCAAACUCCACUGUGCCUUUAUUUUGCAGUGGAAACACAACCCUGGGUGAGUGCCUGGAAUCCCUGGAAUCUUGCUUCCAUUUGACAGAGAUUAGGGAUGGCGUGUAGCAGUAGCAACAACAAAACACAGUUUGCCAAUUUGCACAGAAUGUGUGGAAUAACCUCUUUUCCAAUUUCCCUCUUUAUUUCCCCCCUCCCCUGUUCCAUACUUCAAGAAAAAUCUGAGUAAUUCCUGGGUGUUGUAUUUGCAGAAAUGGGAAAUCAUUCAUUUUUUUGCUCCUACUUUCCAUAUGGCUGGGGCUCUGUUUGAAAGCAAAAGUACCCCUGGUUGUCUGCUACCUCCUCCCAUAUCCAAAGUCUUUCAGCAAAACAGGUUAAGGUGUCUUGAUAAACGGCAGCAGAUUUUCUCUCUCUUCUUCCCUCUAAUGCCUUUUAAACAUCUGAUGAAGUGUUCCACGGAACUCAAAAGCUUGCACUCAACAGUUUCAUAACAUUAUGAUUGAGCUAAUAUGAAUUGGAAAUUUGUGGUUUUUUUCUUGUAGGCCAUCAAUGGCCUUCUCUAACUUACAUAAAUGUGUCAGUUCGAAAUCUUCAGAUCCUUUAAUUUGUGGAAUAUCCACAUGGAAGUAUUUAGCCACACGGACUGAUGUACAGUGAAGAUUAGGGACCACAGCUCAAAGGGAAAUGAAUUGCAACCCAGUAGCUGAGCACAUACGUUUGUAUGCAGAAGGUUCAGUCCCUGGAAUCUCUUUCCCAGCAUACCCUCUUGGGUUUUAAUCUCAGCAGAGAGGGCCCUCUUAAGAGCUGCACCACUCUCAGAAAUUUGGAGGUGGCCCAGGUGGAGCAUCCUCUGUUUCAGCCCCUAAGUUGUGGAAUUCCCUCUCCCAGCUUCAUUGUAUAGUUUUUGACAUAUGCUGAACAUGCACUUUGUUACCCUGUACGUCUACACUUGAAAUAGAUCUUUUAUAGGGCAUAUUCUAAUUGUGAUUUUAAGUUGUCUUAAUUCUUUUGUUGUUGUUGCUCUAACCUGUGAAGAGACCCCUCUUCACCUCACAAAGGUAUCAACUGUUAAACCAUCAUGAGAAAUAUAUCUCUGUGGGUGGCAUAGGGGUUCCCUAAUAUUCUCAGCACCCUUAACAAGCUACAGUUUCCAGGAUCCUUUGUGGGGGAGGAAACCAUGACUGCUUAAAAUAUAUGAUCCUGCUUUAAAUGUAUAGUACAGAUGUGAGUGCUCUUUCUCUCUCUCUCUCUCUCUCUGGGGUCAUUGUGAGGCUAAAAAUGCCGUUCUGAGCUCCUUGGAGGAAGGGCGAUAAAUGAAAGUCUAUAAAUAAUUCACUGUCCCCUCUUGCCCUUCUUUCUUUCCCAGGUGGCUAA